AGGAGGCCAUGCUUUCUCGGUGACGUUGUGGGAGGUGAGCAGCACAGAGGAAAUUUGAUUACUGGAAAAAGAUGAUUACAAAUGUUUACACUGGAUAUAACUAAGGAGACAUGGGUGCUGUAGUUUUUGGAAUACAGGCUUGUUUUAAUAACAUCAUAGUGUUCCUUUAAACUCCCCUUUUGGACCUCUCAGAUGUUCAUUCAGAUGGUGCAGAGAUGCAAGCAAUAAUUUUGAGCCGUAAUAUAUACAUAGUGGAUGUUGGGAUUUCAAGGUUUGUGUAUAUUUUUUCCCCUUUGUAUAUUUCUUUUUUCAGGCUAUACUAUGGCGGAGUCCCAUUUUCGUGGAUGCCAUUAUAGGACAGGUGUAGGCAACCUUCAUCACUUCAGAUGUUGUGUAAACUAUAAGUGCACUUACAUUAAUAAUGCUGACAAAGGAUAAGGGGAGGAUAUAGUUAUUAGUAAAAAAAAAACAGAUUUGAGAUUAAAGGGACUCCCAAGGUAGAGGAUUUUACUCACCUGGUUCCAGCGCCGGGAGCCUCGUGAAUCCGCGCCCCCUAUUUCGUCAAAAUGACUAAAUAGGCGGGCGCGAGCAGGGAGCAAUCAGACGCUUCCUUUUGGAAGCGUCAUUGCUCCCUUGUGCGCAUGCACGGCUUCACCGCACAUGCGCACAUACAUUCAUGCCGCCCUCUGAAGUCCUGAGCGCACUACCGUCUUUGCCCGACAGGCAGGAGAGAGAAGGCGCGCACAUAGUGCCUUCUCUCUCCUGCACACGUCAGACGUAUUUUAAUACGUCUGACGUGUACAAGGCCUUUUUAGGGCCCUACAUGAUAGGAAGUCCCUCUGGUGGCCGUCUUAGUGACGGCCACUGGAGGUAUUCCUAUCAAUCAAUGUAAAGACUGUAUUUUCUCUGAAAAUACAGUGUUUACAUUGGAUUGCCUGCAGGGAGCUAUAGAUCUCACCUGAACAACUACAUUAAGCUGUAGUUGUUCAGGUGACUAUAGUGUCCCUUUAACGUGUGAUGCAUAUAUAGUAAUUCUUAGUUCUUGUAUAAAUAAAUCAUUCCCUUAUGUAUAAUAUGAGCCUUCUAAAUGUUGUAUGCUUUAAGGGAUUCUAUAGUGUUAGGAAUACAAAUCUGUAAUCCUAACACUAUAGUGACCUUUAGUCUCCCCCUCCGUUGCGGCCCCCCCCUUGCAGUACAUAAAGGGUUAAAAACCCUAUAAUCACUUAUCCAAUUCUAGCACCAUUGUUCUUCGCUCUGGGUCGACCCUCCGCCUUCUUCACCCGAUUAGGCCCUCCCCACAGAAAAGCAUUGACACAAUGCUUUCCUAUGGAGCUUUCACUGAUACUGGAUGUCCUCGUGCAGAGUGUGAGGUUUGCCAGUGUCGUAUAGGCGACCUAGAGAUCUAAACUCCAGGAAGCAACUCUUGCGCCUCUCUGGUAGACAGCCAUUAGAGGAUGUCUCUAAAACUGCAAUGUUUUAGGCUGUCCCUAAAACUGCAAUGUUUUACAUUGCAGGACUAAAAGGGACAGGGAAACGGCACGUAGACCACUUCAAUGAGAUGACGUGAUCUGGGUGCCUUUUUUGUCCCUUUUAAGGUUCUGGCAAAUCUAGAUGUAAUUAGCAAUGAUGCACAGUUUGAGAAAUACAUUUAAAUAAGGGCAAAUUUCCUAUUUAUGGGUUCUGGUUAGAUAAAUGCAAAUUGAAAAGAAGUGUUUUGAAAAAAAUAUGUUAAUCACGGUAUUUGAUUGGGAACAAAAAUAGAUAAAUAAAUUAAGUACUAUGCAAUAAGCAGAUUAUUCAUUAAAUUUAUUUAUUUAUAAAAUAUUUUACCUGAAAAGAUACAGUGAGAUUUCUCUCGUUUUCAAGUAUGUCCUGGUAUGUAACUAGAUAAAGUCUAACUGAUGGACACAAUGUUUAUUUGCAUGAAAAGACAGUAAAAUGAGAAUGAUUUCAUGUCUGCCUCGUUAGAUGUUGGUGUUUGACAGGAAACUUGCACAGGCGGAAGUUGUGAUUAGUAUCAAGAAGUAUGAUAUACACCCGAUGGGAGAAUCUCCUCAACAACUGUCACAAUUUUAUCUCAAAGCUCCGGUAAGACUUGGAUGAUGUGUACAGAACCUCACCAGUCAAAAUUCGCGGACAAAAUGUCCAAAUAAAACAUUGGCGUAGCCAGAGCCACAUGUCAAUUAUGACUUUCUAAAGAUCAAAAGAGCUUAACAGGUCAUAGAUUUUUUUUAAAAAAAUUCUCUGAAAGCCACUUCUCUUUAGUUCUCCUCUCAAAUUUUGUGGUUUAAAAGGACAGCCUCAAAACCACAAAGAAGCUAUCAGCUUAAAGCAUUGGGUAUGGAAAUGAGCAAAUAUGAAAAAGUUCAGGGGAAAGAGGGGGUGUAUAGAAGUGCUUACGAGCUGCAGCCUUUUAGAGUUGCCAAACAUAAUCAGUUUGUAAUCUUUGCUCAUGAGAGUUUCUCUCUAUUUUCUUAAGGCAAAAUGGACCAGAAUUCGAAGAAACAGAGCAGCAAGAAAUUUAGUGAGUAUUAUAACAAUACGAAACAAAAUAAAUGCAUUCAUUCUGUAUUCUUAAAUAAUUAUCCUUUGAUUCGGUUUGCAAAAUUGCCUUUCCCCCCGGUAUAGAGCACAUAUAAGCAGAAUUUUUCAAGCCUUUAAACCAGGCUUCCCCAAACACCGGCCCUCCAGAUGUUGCUUAACUACAACUCCCAGGAUUCUUAGCCUAUCUAUUUAAUUCACAGAAUCAUGGGAGUUGUAGUUCAGCAACAUCUGGAGGGCCAGAGUUUGGGGAAGCCUGCUUUAAACAUUGUGAGAGUUUGUGUUCUACAACAAUUGGGGUACUGAAUCUUGUCUAGAUCUCUGUUCCAUUAUUUUAUUAUAUUGGACUGAAUGUUCCUGUAAGUUUUUUGUAAUUGUCCUAUUUAUAGUUAAAUCCCCCCUCUUAUAAUAUUGUAAAGCGCUACAGAAUCUGUUGGCGCUAUAUAAAUAUCAGUAAUAAUAAUAAUAAUGUAACAAUUCAUCCUCCUGAAACAUUUUUUUUUUUUUAAUAACCAUGCUAUUUAGGUUGCAGUUCGGUAGGGGAGGUGCUGUAAAAUGCACACUGUGAGCUAUUUAUCCCUUCAAAAACAAAACAAACAAAAAAGCAUACUACAUUUAACUUUUCAUGCGUCCUAGACUCCUAGCCCAUAAAUCAUACCAGUCUGUAGUGAUUUAUGCCAUACCCAGUAGGCUUGAUGAAAGGUCUUGAAACAAAUGACGCAGCUAAAUCAAUACACAUAAUUGCUAUAUUGAUUCUGAAAGCAAUUAAUUGCAACCCUUAUUUAUAAAAAGCUAAUAUAUUGAAUUAUUCUUACAUUUUUGAUAAUUUUGGAAUGAUUGUCGAAAAAUUGUGAAACAAAUUAGUUUGUCUCUAGAAUAGUUUGUUAAAUAACUCUAUCAUAUAUAUCAAUGUUUGUUUUGUGUCCUAUUGUACAGAGCUGAGGAUUAUAUUGGUAACUAUAUAAAUAAUUGUGAUUGUAACUGAAAUAUUUCAACGUUAUUUAUAUACAGUAUAUAUAUAUAUAUAUAUAUAUAUAUUUUUUUUUUAAACAAACUUUAACUCCUUACACCAGGGAUUGCCUGAAUGGCAACGUUGAGUAAGCAAGAUAUUCACGAUUGGCAUAUUUUCUAUAAACAGUCUGUGAUUAUGGCAUAGAAGGGAUUAAUCGUCAGUGUGUUUGUAUCACCAUGUCUUAACCACUUCACCCAUUGUACAGCGCUACGGAAUCUGAUGGCGCUAUAUAAAUAAUAAAAUAAUGAUAAUGACAGUGGUUUCAGAAAACUCCUGUUCAAUUUUAACAGUGCUGGCACAUCCUCUGUUGUGAAAUUAGUUUUCUAAGAGAUGAUGACAUUGCCUAUCUGCGCUUCACUUGGCUCAAAACUUGAUUUAUAACAGUGUAAGAUGGGAGUCUGUCAAAGGCUCAUAGUAAUGUUAGGGGGGCAUUGCUUUGGGACACAAACCUAUUGAAUUUGAUCAUAGUAUUAAUCACUACAGCAGAACAACGUGCACAUUACCUGUUUAUACAUAUACAGAGAAUAUGUGAGUAAAGAAUGAAAUAAAAUUAGAUUAAUAACAUUUUCAGGGGACUCAUGGGACACACAUCUUCUUUGUUAGGCUAUUUGUUGCCAUUUGUGUUCUGCUGUUAGUAUUUAGCCUUUUUCACUUUGUUGUGAGUAUAUUUGCAUUGAAUAAAUGACAUUUAAUUGUAUUAUCUUUUGUUGAAUUGUGUACAUCAUUGCGUAUUGUAAUAAAAUGUUCAACACAAUAUCAAAAAGUAAUACCACCGGAUGCCGCUACCUAUCUCCACUACUAUGUUCCUAUGCAUUAAUUUCCAGUGGCUCUCAUGAGUUCAGCCAUUUAUUGCAAGGCUUAGCAUAUUGGCUGAGAAUGUCAGCCUCUGCGUCAAUACGGACUUCACCAGGCACCCGCUCCUCCAAAGAGAUCAUCAAUGCUGAUGAUCUUUGGUCCCAUCCAGUGCUUCUCAUAGAUUAACCAGCCACAAAUACACAAAAUGGCAAAAGGCAUAGUGGCUAUAAACCUUUUGUUACAUACAUAUUAACGUAGAAUGUGACGUCAGAUAAGAAGCCCUUCUAGCCCAUCUAGUCUGCCCAAUUUUCUAAAUACUUUCAUUAGCCCCUGGCCUUAUCUUAUAUCUAGGAUAGCCUUAUGGCUACUCUACCACUUCAGUUGGAAAGCUAUUCCACGCAUCCACUACGCUCUCAGUAAAGUAAUACUUCCUGAAAUUUAUUUUUAAACCUUUGCCCCUCUAAUUUAAGACUAUGUCCUCUUGUUGUGGUAGUUCUCCUUCUUUUAAAUAUAGUCUCCUCCUUUACUGUGUUGAUUCCCUUUAUGUAUUUAAAUCUUUCUAUCAUAUCCCCUGUGUCUCGUCUUUCCUCCAAGCUGUACGUUACACACAUGACAUAGUAUCGUAAACUAAAAAAAAGCUGUCAUGUUUAGCCUUUCGCAUAUCGCUGUUUCUGCUGUUGACCCAAAAGAAGAUGAAAAACCCAGUUUAAUGCAAUUUCAAACUGUGACACAAAAUAGUAAAAUAAUCCUUCUUUAUUCCAAAAUGGACUAUCAUUUCUCUUUGUGAAAUUAUACUGAAACAGAUUGUGGUAAGGCCAGGAACGUUUUGUGUGAAUAAUUUAAAUGAGUAAACCUGAAUGCUUACGGUUUUUCCGAGAGAGAGAGAGAGCUAGAUGACAUCUGUGUCAACUCAUUCUAACCUCUUGAAAUUAACACAAUUUUUUUCUUCAUGUAAAGCACAUUGACUCAUGUGCAGUAAUAAAAAGGCAAUAAAUGUGUUAAAUGAGGGUAUGUUCCUUAAACCGUGGGUUGUUGGGCGCUGAUGUAAUUUUACAACUGUGUUAUUUAUGAAUUCUCUUUGUUUCUGAAGCAUCUUACCAGGAACAGUACAAUUUGUUUUUCUCUUAUUUCAUUUGUACCCUGGAAACAUUUUCAGCUGGGCUUUUUUGGCAAUUCUAUUGACAGCUCAUCACAGUUCAUUGUGUCAUGAUUAACUCCCUAAACGCUCGUUUCAGCAGUUUGGUCUUUGUUUUCCACAACUGUGACACUGUACAGUGUCAGAUAGGUGUGAUGGGAGUUAUAAUCCGGCUGGCUUCUAACUGACUCUCUCCUUUUUACGUGUAGCAAAUGGUCAGAAUUUAAUCUAAGAUCUUCCAAACUAGGCCAGAACUUGCCAUUGUCAAGCCAAUCAAAAGCCGGUCGACUGCCAGAGCGAGCAUCUGUGCCUGAUUUACUCUUAACAAUGCGUAGGCAAAAACACAUAAUUGCAAAGUUAGAUAUAUUUAUUAUUUUGUGUAACUCAGAACUAGAAAGUCUAAGCUGGAUUCACGCCACCUCAUUUAUGACCUGUGGGGGGCACCACUGGACUGAUGCAGAGUUGGCACGUAACUAUCUAAACUGGUCUGCAGUUGCUUUUUUGUCAUUGCUCGGCCCACCUUUAAGCCCACCGCUGAUUUGUUGCUAUAGCUCAUCAUUCGUGUUUGUUUUUUGCUCGUUUUGGGGUAGUAUGUUAACAUUCCCAGGGUUUCAAUGUUAAUACCAUGCAAAGAGCUGCAGGUUCUAGUUUAGCAAUGAAAGUGUAUACAUUAAUCGCUAUUAUGCAAAGGCUGCUUCCACUCUCAGUCCAGCUCCUUUAUUGUACCCUGUGGGCAUACAAAGGAGGGGUGCAGCCAGCCCAUUAUUUCCUGGCAUUGAAAUGAUGAAAUCGGACCUCUCACCUGAAAAAAACACUCUUUUCAUUAAUCAAUAUAACAGGAUGCCUUUAUAUCAGAAGGCUUGAAGAUAUAUUUACCAACCACAAAUUAGAUUGAUAAUCACCGACAUUUAUACAUAUUGGCAUUUAAAUAACCUAGUUUCUGCCAAAACUACAAUAAUAAAAGUGAUAUUUUAAGGUCAUAGACAGACUAUGUCUGACAUUUUUUCAAGUACAUCAAUUCUAAAAAAACAAAACAUGAAAGUGUAGGUACACUGAAAACAGAGAUGGGUCUGUUAGUCAAUGAAUACCAGGAAAAGGCAGAAAUUUUAAAUAAAUAUAUUUCUUCAGUAUAUAUUAAUGAGGGUCCUAUGGCAAGAGAUAAGCAAAUGAUUGCUGCAACAAACAUGCAGAUAACUUGUGAUUGGAUAACUUGAGACAAGGUGCUACAGCUAUUAAAGAAAAUGAAUGUACAUAAAGGUCCGGGGCCUGACGGUAUGCACCCACGAGUACUUAAGGAGCUAAGUGGGGAAUUAAGUGAACCUCUGUAUUUAAUUUUUCAAGAUUCUUUUGUUUCAGGUAUUGUACCGGAGGACUGGAGGAAGGCAGAUGUUGUUCCUAUAUUUAAAAAGGGUUCAAAAUCCUUGCCUGGAAAUAUAGACCUGUGAGCUUAACUUCUGUGACUGGGAAAUUAUUUGAACAGGUAUUAAGGGAUAAUAUUCAGGAAUUAAUUGGGAAGAACUGUGUUAUUAGCAAUAAUCAGCAUGGUUUUAUGAAACAUAGGUCAUGUCAAACUAACCUAAUUGCAUUCUACGAAGAAGUAAGUAGAAGUAUAGAUCAGGGUGUUGCAGUGGAUGUGAUCUACUUGGAUUUUGCCAAGGCAUUUGAUAUGGUUCCUCACAAUAGGUUAGUCUUCAAACUAAAAGAAAUUGGUCUAGAUGAAUAUUCUUGUUCUUGGGUAGAACAUUGGCUUAAGGAUAGAGAACAACGAGUUGUCAUUAAUGGUAAAUUUUCAAGCUGGACAAAAGUGGUAAGUGGUGUCCCUCAGGGUUCUGUUUUAGGACCGCUUCUAUUUAACAUAUUUAUAAAUGAUCUUGAAAUGGGCAUUGAAAGCCAUGUAUCGGUGUUUGCAGAUGACACAAAACUUUGUAAAGUAAUAAAAUGUGAGCAGGAUAUUGCCUUGCUGCAGAGGGAUUUGGAUAGAUUGGGGAACUGGGCACUAAAAUGGCAGAUGAAAUUUAACGUAGAGAAAUGCAAAGUUAUGCACUUCAGGGUUAAGAAUGCACAAGCAAUUUACACCCUAAAUGGUAGUGAACUAGGGAUAACCACACACGAGAAGGAUUUGGGAAUUGUUAUAGACAACAAAUUAGGCAGCAAUAUGCAAUGUCAAUCUGCAGUUGCUAAGGCCAGUAAGAUUUUGUCAUGUAUAAAUAGGGGCAUAAAUUCUCGAGAUGAAAAUAUUAUUUUGCCUCUUUAUAAAUCGCUGGUAAGACCACACCUUGAAUAUGCUGUGCAAUUUUGGGCACCUGUUUGAAAGAAAGAUAUCAUGGUACUAGAAAAAGUGCAGAGACGAGCUACAAAAUUGAUAAAAGGAAUGGAGCAUUUUAGUUAUGAAGAAAGGUUAAAAAAUUUAAAUCUCUUUAGUUUGGAAAAACGGUGCCUGAGAGGGGAUAUGAUAACAUUAUCCAAAUAUAUUCGGGGCCAGUACAAACCUUUAUCUGGAAGUGUACUAAGAAAAGGUUUUUUUACAGUAAGAGCAAUAAGGAUAUGGAAUUCUUUGCCUGAAGAGGUGGUUUUGUCAGAGUCAUUACAGAUGUUUAAACUGCAAUUGGAUAAAUACUUGCAAAAACAUAACAUACAGGGAUAUAAUUUCUAAUUAGUGGGGUAAUAGCUGCUUGAUCCAAGGAGACAUCUGACUGCUAUUUUGGUGUCAAGAAGGAAUUUUUUCCUAGUUUGUGGCAAAAUUGGAAGCGCUUCAGACUAGGUUUUUUGCCUUCUUUUGGAUCAACAGCAAAAACAUAUGUGAGGAAGGCUGAACUUGAUGGACGCAAGUCUCUUUUCAGCUAUGUAACUAUGUAAUUUCAAUAAGAAAUUUUUUUUUUUUAGUGCUAAAUAAUGUAUUUAUUUGUAUAAUGUAGGUUUUUGUAUGAACAGAAAUAUAUUUUUUAAAUUUUUAUUUAUUUUUUUUUUUUUAAAUUCUUUAUUUUUCUUGUGCAUUUGGAUACAUACAUGCUUGCAGUGCCACAACAGCUACUGUGAGCAAUAUCAAAACUUUCAGUGGCAUAUCUGAGGAGUUGCACAUUUAAUAUUUAUAGAGUAUAACAUGCUAACAAUCGCUAAGUUAACUACACGCAAUGAGUACACAUGUUGUAGCUGGGUAAUACUAAUAGCCGUUGAGUGGCCAAUAUGUACUAAAAAUACGCUCCUGAUAAUAGCUAUGGAGAGGUCUUAUGAUACCUGGCGUGUGUCUAGCUAGUUGGAGUUGUCUGCUCCGUUAGGAUGUGUGCUAUGGGGUAAAUCCGCCUAUGUUUCAAUCAGCUGUUCCUAGAGGUGUUGAGCUCAGUGGUGCAGUGUAUCGCUCUACGGUGUUCUCUUCCCUCUGUGUUUGUGAGGUAUUGCUAUAGCUUGGGAGGUAUCUAGGUGCUGGGUGUGCCGUAACCCCAUCUCUCUGCCGUUUAGGGUGAUGUACCAUCUUGUUUCCGCUUAGGGCAGAUGGGGGUGGGGGGGAGUGGGGUAAGUAGCCUGACUGGGAGCAUUCUUAUGUGAGUCUUCCCGGUAACGAGCUAGUAACAUUUAAGGUACAUGAACUAUUAGAUUCAUAACGGUAGGUAAAAAGAAGUAUAAAUUAACAGGUUAGGCAAAAUUGCUAAGUAGUGUAAAGAGUCACAAGGAGUUAGUUCAAACAGUCCCGGCCAAUAGUUUGUUGCGGCUUGUCAGCCGGGGAGCCGAGUCCGGACCUUCGCGGAACGAAAGUUUUCACCCUUUCCGGGUUCCACCUGUGCUGUGGUUUGGAGGUUGUCGUGGGACAUAUGGCAUCUAAAGGUAGUCCUAGUAUGGGUAGCAAGUCGUCCGCUCCCUGGAGGUUGUGAAUCUCAUGGGUGUUCCCGUUAUGUGUCACCAGCAGGGAACGGUUGAGGCGCCAUCGGUAUGUUAUGUUUCGUUGCUGAAGUAGCGUUGUAAGUGGCUUAAGCGACCGUCUCCAAGCCAAGGUGCUGCCGGACAAGUCCGUGAAAAAGGAGAGGGACAUGGUUUCGAAGGGGUACUGGGGAAGGUUUUUGACCGCUGCCAUGGUUGCGGCUCUGUCUUCCUUGCGCUGGAAGCGGAGUAUAAUGUCCCUGGAGGCCGCUGGUGGGGCUUUGGUCGGUUUGGGAACUCUGUGAACUCCGUCCAGGCUUAUUGUUUUGGCUUUCCGUGCUGGUAGCAGCGCUGCCAAGAGCCUCCUCGCGAAGUGCGGCAGUUCCUCCGCCGGCAUGUCGUCUGGUACUCCCUGUACCUUUAUGUUGGUUGCUCUGCGUGUGUCUUCCAGUGCUGCGAACUGCCGUUCAUAGACCUCUGCUUUACUCUGCAGACCCCUUAUCUCCGAUUGCAUGGUGGCGAUACGGGUAGCUGUGGUGGCGGAGGAAUCCUCCAGGGUGCCUAGUCUCCCGGUUAUUCCCUGGAGGUCUGUGCGGAGGCCCGCCAAUUCUGCCUGGAUCGUGGUCUGUAGGCCUGCCAGUAAUGCCUUGAGCACCGCUGUGGUGACUGGUGCGUUAUCUGGGUCUGGUGGUGUGGCUUUUGCUGCUGGUGGACUGGGAGAGUGAAGUGUGUCCUCACCUUGGGAGAAGUCAUCAGACAGGUCGGAGUAUGUCUCUGGGUAUUCGGCCAUCUUGGGCCCAACCGCUCCGUGGGCCUGUCGCCACAUGGCUCCGAUAUCGAGGCCAAGUCUGGGCUGAUCGGGCUUUUGUUUUUUGCUUUUCCGUCCCAUGUCGUUUCCCCUGUUAUUGCCUGGGAUUUGAGGCUGUUUUGGACGAUUUUGGUCGUUUGGUUAGGGUGUUUUGGCAUAAAAUUGCAGGAGCUACAAUGCUAUGCGACUUCUCUGUUCUGCAGCUUGGCUCCGCCCCAUAAGACAUUUUUUUUAAAUCCAACUGGAAAAGAAAAGGUUGCAAAGUUUCAAGUCCUGCAGGGGACCUUGACAGGUGUGGUGCAUGUACUAUACAUUGACUGUAAGCUGAGUAACAUAUAUGCAAUCAAACAGAAGCUUGGUAAAUUGCGAUUGCAAUUUUCUAUUCCCUAUUGUAUGUCUACCUUGCAAUAAAAAAACAACAACUGUAUUUUCAAAAAAGAGAUACCAGAAAUAUCAGAAAAACUGGGAAUUCGGAAAUAUUCUCCAACUCGGCUGUAAUACAACCUGGCAUUUUCUGCCAAAAUUUUGCAUUCUGGUUUUAAACUCAGUGUUUCAUGAAUAAACCCAGUUUAGUGUUUAGUGAAUUAACCCAACAAAAACCAAAUUUCAUUGAAUUCAUGUUUCGUCUCACGUUGUUUGGCGUAUCCUCAAGGAAACAAAAAUACUAUAUCCUAACAUCUAGAUUAUUAUCACAGCUUUACCACCAAUAAUGAAUUCUUAAUUUCCCCAAGUAAUUCUAUUUACCAUCAUAUUACCUUUCAACCUACCUAAAUGCCCAUGUAUCUAAUUUACAAAUAACUUUCUAUAUUGCUUACUCUUUGUCAACUUAAGUUCCUUUAACCUUUCCUUGUAAGUUUUAUCCUGCAAUCCGUUAACCAGUUUAGUAGCCCUUCUCUGAACUCUCUCUAAAGUCUCAAUAUCCUUCUGGAGAUAUGGUCUCCAGUAUUGCGUAGAAUACUCCAAGUGAGGUCUCACCAGUGUUCUGUACAAUGGCAUGAGCACUUCCCUCUUUCUACUGCUAAUACCUCUCCCUAUACAACCAAGCAUUCUGCUAGCAUUUCCUGCUGCUCUAUUACAUUGUCUGCCUACCUUUAAGUCAUCAGAAAUAAUCACCCCUAAAUCCCUUUCCUCAUAUGUUGAGGUUAGGACUCUAUCAAAUAUUCUGUACUCUGCCCUUGGGUUUUUACGUCCAAGAUGCAUUAUCUUGCACUUAUCCACAUUAAAUGUCAGUUGCCACAAUUCUGACCAUUUUCUAGUUUACCUAAAUCAUUUGCCAUUUGGCUUAUCCCUCCUGGAACAUCAACCCUGUUACAUAUCUUAGUAUCAUCAGCAAAAAGACAUACCUUACCAUCAAGACCUUCUGCAAUAUCACUAAUAAAAAUAUUAAAGAGAAUGGGUCCAAGUACAGAUCCCUGAGGUACCCCACUGGUGACAAGUCCAAGCUUUGAAUAUACUCCAUUGACUACAACCCUCUGUUGCCUGUCACUCAGCCACUGCCUUACCCAUUCAACAAUAUUGGAAUCCAAACUUAAAGAUUGCAAUUUAUUGAUAAGCCUUCUAUGUGCAACAAUGUCAAAAGCCUUACUGAAAUCUAGGUAAGCAAUGUCUACUGCACCACCUUGAUCCAUUAUUUUAGUUACCCAAUCAAAAAAAUCAAUAAGAUUAGUUAUAGCUGGAUUUUGGACACUGUGAGAAAAUCAGCAAAUUAAUUCCAUUUCCUAUUGUCUGUCUGUACUUUGCUAAUCAACUGCAUCUUUAACAGUCCUUUCCAUUUUACAAAUCUUCACUUUUCAACCACAGGCCACAGUAAGAGCAUACAUAUUGUUUAUAAGUUCAGUUGACUGAAAAGAGAGAUCGGACAGUGUUUUGUACUGAGAUACAUAAUUUAGUGUCCCCAUACAGGAGUCCAAAAAAAUAAGGAAGUGGGGACACGAAGAGUGGCUAUUUUUGACCACUGCUUCAAAUUUCUAAAAUGUGGUUUUGGGUGUUAUUAAAACAAAAACUUCAUAGUUUUCACUUCUUCAUUUAUAAAGUGAAAAAUAGAAAUAGUAUUCACACACACCCAUUCUAUGUGAACAAAUGUUUAAUUUUGUGCAUCCUUUAUACUUAAAAGAAAAUAUAUACACCGCCUAGGUUUUUUUUCUUUCUUUUCUAAUGAGGUGAAGUGUAAUCAAACUUACAGUUUAAUUUACACCAUUAACUUAAACAUCAAAUUUCUUAUGAUACUCCUCCAUUUUCUCUUAAACGUACAUUAAAGGUUUUUGCAAUUGACGUCAUAAGGCCAAAGCUUAUAACAGUAAUUGUCAGGGACUAAAGAUGGAGGUGACUAAACCAGGAUAGAUAGGUGCUGCUUUUUACAUUUAAUUUAAUAAAAGAACACUCUAAGGCACCAGGACCACUGCAGCUUAAUGUAGUGGUUUUGGUGCAGAGUCUUCUCUGUCUCUACAGUAUAAAAGGGAGUGUUUAUUUUUGUUCCUAAAGACACCUCUAGUGGCUGUCACUCAGACAGCCACUAGAGGUGCUUCCUAUUAAGAUCCUGCAAUCUUUGCAGGACUGAUGUUCUGAAAAUUCCCACUCCGAAUGGUUCUUAUAGAAAGACAUUGGGAUAAUCCAUCUAUAUGGGAUCUCAGCAAAAAGUAAUUGCGGCCAGACCUGCGUGGCAAGGGAUUAAAGGUGAGUAAAAUUAUUUUCAAUUUUAAAGGAGAGCACUAAAUCCGAAAGACCAGGAAUAAACUCCAACAUUAAACAUACGUGUUUGUAUUUCUAACGUUAGAGUUUCUCUUUAAGCAUAUGGAAAAGUAAACAUAAUAUUACAAAUCUUGUGGUGUGACUGUUCCCCUUUCAUUAAAUUCAUUGUUACUCAGGUCUUCUUAGCAUUAUUGAGUUCAUGUAAGUCAACUCCCUGUUACCUGUAUGUGUCUCAUCUGAACUUCCCUCUGCUGUUUGCAUCCCCUGUAUUUCAUGGUUCCAUGACAAUUAAACAGUUAGGCAAAGUGGUACUGCAGAGCUAAUACGCAACUGGUUAGAUUUCAAAGUAUUCCAUACUCUGUGACCAUCUUGAUAGCGAUGAACAAUUAAAACUGGGUCAAAAUUUAAUAUGCAUUUGGGCAGUGUAUAUCUUUUAAACAGUGAUUGUAUUAAAUUUAAUUUGCAGUUGGGUAGCGUAUGUCUAUUAAACAGUGAUUGUGUUAAAUUUACUUUGCAUUUGGGCAGUGUAUGUCUAUUAAACAGUGAUUGUAUUAAAUUUACUUUGCAUUUGGGUAGUGUAUGUCCCUUUAAGUGAGGAAAGCUAACAUAUAUUAUAAGUGCCUCCUCACUCACAAAUAAGGAUUUUUUGACUUUUAAAUGGUGUAUCCAGUAGGUCAGUUCCUCAUAUGAAGCAGACUAAAUCAAGCCAGAUUGUUUUCUUUAUUUUUGUUAAAUUGGCUAAUCUUGUUAUCCAUUACUAUUUAAAGGACCACUAUAGUGCCUGGAAAACAUACUAGUUUUCCUGGCACUAUAGUGCCCUGAGGGUGCCACCACCCUCAGGGUCCCCCUCCCACCAGGUUCUGGGGAGAGGAAGGGGUUAAAAUCUUACCUUUCUCCAGCGCCGGGCGGGGAGUUCUCCUCCUCCUCUCCUCCGCACAUUCAGCCAGUUCAUAGGAAAGCAUUUACAAUGCUUUCCUAUGGACGCUGGCGUGCUCUCACUGUGAAAAUCACAGUGAGAAGCACGCAAGCGCCUCUAGCGGCUGUCAAUGAGACAGCCACUAGAGGCUGGAUUAACCCUAAUAUAAACAUAGCAGUUUCUGUGAAACUGCUAUGUUUAUAAAAAAAAGGGUUAACCCUAGAUGGACCUGGCACCCAGACCACUUCAUUAAGCUGAAGUGGUCUGGGUGUCUAUAGUGGUCCUUUAACAUCUGCAAAAACAAAUACAAUCUCUAUGUUCACAGAUAUAAUGAAACUGAUUAGGUAGUCAAAACCAACAUAAGCGAGUAUGUCCGAGCUCCACCAUACUCCGUUGUGUUGGUUUUGACUAUGUAGUAUAUUUGUAUAUUGUGUAAAGUGAAAGAGAUACUUGCACAGGAAGCAGCUUUAUUACAAUUGUCACCACAGUUUUCUAAGCGCCUGUUUAUCACAGAAUUUACACUGUUUUCACAGUGUAUAGUCACAGAAGCUGUUGGUUUUGCAUAGAAGAGGUGCUUUAAUUUCCUUUUAUCACAGCGUAGGACAUGAAACGAAAUUCAUAAAAUUGACAGUACCCCUUUAAAUUGCCCACAUUUGCUUGUUUGGCACAUGUUAUUCCAUGACUGGGUUAAAAUGUAGUGGGCUUUUCUGUAAUUUGACCACAAUUAAAAUGCCAAAUGUCUACUACAAGCACAGGCAACCUUCGGCAUGCCAGAUGUUUGGGACUACACCUCUCAUGAUGCUUUUCCAGCAUUAUGGGGGAUGUAGUCCACAACAUCUGGAGUACAAAGGUUGCCUAUCCCUGGUCUACUACAUAUGGGUGUUGCUAUACUUAGGAGCAGUGUAAAAAUCGUGGGUCUUUACAGUAGUGGGACACAAAGACUGUGAAAUUCUGCAUGAACAGUUUAAAAAAAUAAAGAAAUGGUAUGACCAAUAGUUUUGGCAGAUAUUUGUGAUUAAAUGGUUACAUGAAAAGUUUUAAAAGGCUCUGAAAACUCCAGGGGGAACUACUUUUUCUUUUUUUAUAUAUAUAUUUUCCCCCUAUUUGAUCUGAUCUUCCCCUUAUACUAAGCUUAUGCAUGAGGUAAAUGUUGUACUAAUUUUUGCUUAUAAAUUGUUAUACUGUGUGUGAAAUUAUUUUAUUUUACUUUUGUAAACAUUUGGCGUUUUAAUUUUUGAUAUGUAAAGAUAGAAACCUGUACUCCCUAAUAUUGUUUGAAUUGUUAUAAUGUUGUUUUAAAAUUAUUUUAUAGUUUUGUUUUUUUUUAUGAUUUUUUUUUUUUUAAUUAUUGAAAAGAUACAAUAAUUUGAAAAUAAUUUUGACUGGCUAAGCAACAACUGAAAUUAUGUCCUUAAAUAUAGUGCACACAUUAGCUGUUUAUGGACUACAGUUCCCUUGAUGUUAAGCCAGGACUCACUUUCUCAGAAUAUGUAGACCACACAUAUUUGCAGUACCAUGGUUUAUGCCAUAAUACAGUUCAUACCUCGUAACCGUUGACGAAAGUGCAACUCUCUUUUAUAAGAUGGGGUGUAUUUGCUUUUAAUGUCUGUGAAAUUCAUUUCACAUGAUGCACAGCCUGCCAUAAAUGUUAUUACAUGACUGCAACUGGCACUUUUUAGAUGACUUUAAAGAUGUCUGCAAGUUUAGCUCAUAUGAGCAAAAUGUAGUCUUUAUAUGCACUCUGAUUUUUUUUUCUGUACUUUAGCAUUAAUUUUUUAAAUUUUCUUUCUUUUAUACAUUCUUUAUUUAUGCAGUGCUAGUUAAUGCAGACAUGCUUGUUAGGCCACAAUAGUUAUAAGGUAACACAUUGACAUAGCACAUAGAGAAUUUGCACUAUUUUAUGAAAAUAAUAAAACAAAAAACAAACAGCAUAUAUACUUAGGUUAGGUAUACGAAGAUUACAUUUCAGACAUGAUAGGCUUUAAGAAUAUAAGUAAGGAAAGGCGGAGCCUAACCUUGCAAGUGAAUGGCAGCAUAAUCUCUGAGCUCUGCCAAGGCCUAGCCUCAAUCUAAAGCCAUCAAGCGCACCUGAGCCCCCCAGCGCCCUAAAAACCUCUUCACCAUCCUCCCCAACACCCACACUCACCCCCUCAAUGGGUGGCGGCAAAAAAGCAUGCAAUUCUUCAGUAGCACCGAUCUUCAGGCAGAAGUCCGAGAAAAACCAGGCGCCCUCUUUGUAAUCCUCACCAUUGGAAUCCGAAAUGAGCAGCCCGGCAACCUCGGACAGGACAGAGGCCCCGCUGACACGAAGGGAUAUGCGUGGAUUCAUCGCCGACUUUAAAAAGUCUGUGGCCGAGGAAUUAGACAAACCCAAUCCUGGAGGGGAUGGCGGACCUCUCAGCCCGAGCACAGGCCACUGAGACAAAAAUGGCGGAAACUCAAGAAACAGUGCACGCACAUGACGAAGAAAUACAAGACUUAAGAGAACAACUACGCUCCCUCAAAGACGCCAACGAAGACCUCAACAAUAGAACACAGAGAAAUAACAUCAGAGUGAGGGGCAUACCGGAAUGUAUAUCCACGGAGCUCCUCACCAGCACCCUCACCGAAGUGUUCCAAAACCUCCUGCCCGAGGCUACAGCCGCAGACCUCCUUAUGGAUCGGGCACACCGAGCACUGAGAGCCCCAAGCGCUGCAGCAGCCACCCCUAGAGACAUCAUUGUGCGGCUUCACUUUUAUUACAUUAAAGAGCGCAUAAUGAACGCCGCAAGGGACACCCCCAUCGAAGUGGAAGGAGUGCCGGUCCAACUGUUUCAGGCCCUGGCAUCGACCACCUUGAAGAGGAGAUGGGACCUGCGUCCACUGACACAGCACCUCAGCCACCAUGGCCUCCGCUACGCCUGGGGCCACCCCUUCAAGAUAAUCAUCCGCAAGGAUGGAAGGUUCCACUCCCUUACGCGGCCCGCAGAAAUCCCUGCGCUCCUGGAGCAGUUGGGCCUACCACAACUCCCUGAAACGCUGCACUUCAGUUCCGGCCCCAGUUCGCACCAAUCCACAAGCCACAACCCGACGGCUAGAAGCGGAGACCAUCAACACCAGACCACGGCUCCAGACAGCCAAGACACCUCCCGCCAUUAACAAAAAACACACAGCGUAGCAGGACCAGCCACCCGAAGCAAUGAACAAGCACCCCUUUCAAGACGCAACAGCCUACAAACCACGGACUAAGCACACGGCCUUCAAACUACCCACCUUCCUGACCACCCGCAGAGCACGAACUCCAACUACAGCCACCGCAACAACAACUUACCCCACCAACCGCUCCAUAAACAGCAGCCCGAACAGCCACUGACAGUGGGUUCCGGAGCACACAGAUCUGAGCAUAGGCCCGCCAUCUUCGAACUGGCGCAACACCAAGCCCCACGGAUGAAGGGACAUAUAAUGGACUCUCACACAAGGGCUGAGGACUCAAAGCCGCAAGUAUAUUGCAUGGGACACACCACACACGGCAUCCAAAGUGACCCGCGAGGCCCACACAACCCGCUGUCGCUGGGCCUAGAGCCGGAGCACCCAGCACAGCCCUUGAACCCUGGGGGGGAACGUCAGUGGCUGAUCCUGCACACCACGCUAUUUGAACCUUGCAUGUUUUUAUGUUUUCAUGUUAUACGCUUGUCAAACUACUGUAUUAAAUGGACAACAAAGUUAAAACAAAGUUAUAUGAACACUGUUGCAGAGCAGAUCCAACCGCAGGCCAUCCGUACACAAAAGGGUUGGGUACCAUGCCUCAUAGGGAAAAGCACAACCCCAUCCUGCCUGGAGGCGGCACCCCCCUGGGGUGGACGUCCACAGAAUGAGGAGCGCCCGAGAGCAAGGUCGGCCGCCACCGCGGGGGAUAUUGACAAACACAAAUGGAACACUGUAUUGGGGAAAGCACACUCCCCCGGGGGCGACUGGCCGCGGGGCACCACACUGAGACUGCAGACAAAAGGUAGCACCCACACACCACAAUGACCUAGCUCCCCCCUCCUCCUACCCCGGGCCCCAUACCCGGCUCAGCCAUCUUAGACCACACACGGGCAGGUCAAAGGCGAGACCUGCCACUGCUUGCGAACACCCUCCCUCACCAGACUUGGUUCUCUCUGGAACCACUACAUACACAGACCACAGGCCAGGAGACCGAGCCCCCCACCUAUCUUACAACUGGCCAAAUUGAUAAGCCCAGUCUAAAUCCAUCCGACCACCCACGGGGGUCCCUGUCCCCCGGCGUGCCUGCGUGGGCCUGGCCCGGCCGCCCUCUCCCGAGUUCCUCCCCCAGCCCUCUCCAUCUUUCGCUGACCCCGCACCGAACUAACCACUUAUCAGGUACUCAUCCAAACUAGGGGAAAUCCCCAACCCCGCCCUCCCCUCUUCACACCGCACCCCACCCUCAAAAGAACACAGCCACCACCACGACAUGACACCGAGGAACCUCAAACUCCGCCUCGCUCAACGUGAAGGGCCUAAAUUCACCAGGCAAACGGCACGGAAUACUGCACUGGGCUAACCGCACAGGCGCAGAUAUCAUCCUACUCCAAGAAACCCACUUCACUGACCAAAAACAUUUCCCACUGAUCAACAGGUACUUCAAAAGGUAUUAUCUGGCCAACUCCCUGGAACCAAAAACGAAAGGAGUCGCCAUCCUACUACGCAAUUCCUGCCCACUGGAAGAUAUACAAACCCUCAAGGACCACUCAGGACGAUACCUCAUCCUCACGGGACACAUGGGAACAACCUCUCUAACGAUAGGCUCUAUAUACGCCUCUACUGUCCUGGACGCCUCGUUUUGGCACAAAUUGAAAACCUACCUCACCAGCAUAUCAGCCAAACAUUUUGUCCUUGGCAGCGACUUCAACGUGACGCACACGCCAGCUACAGACCGCAGAAUGCACACGAGCAGCAUGCCAGCCCCAACUAGAAAUGACAAUCUAUACGCGGAAUUUCUGAAUGAUACGCCCCUAAUGGAUAUCUGGAGAAUCCACCACCCAUCGUCUAGGGACUUCACAUUCUAUUCCCACACACAGACCGGUCCUACUCACAUAUCGAUAGUUUCCUCAUCUCCAAUGCAGUCCAACCAUGGGCCAUCCACACGCACAUAGGCAAAAUCACGUGGUCCGGCCACGCGGAGAUCGCACUGACCAUGCAAAUCCCACAACUGGCACACCAGUGGCGCUGGCGGCUAAACACAUGAAUUCUAAAAGAUAAGGCAGCUGUCCACACCGUGACAGAGAACCUAAAAACCUACUUCGAACUUAACACUACGGACGACAUUGUGGGCGGCUCACAAAGCGACAAUCAGAGGCAAUCUCAUAACGAUAGCCAUGGCUCUCAAAAAGCAACGCCUACAAAAAUUGACGGACGCCUUGAAAAACCUAAAAAGGCUUGAAACACUCCAUAAGCAAAAUCCCUCAGAAAUGCUCCUUACACAGCUCACAGACACGCGAGAGAUCAUCAAAAAACUCUCCGCAGCAGACGUGGCGAGGAAUCUCAUGUGGACCAAGCAACGAUUCUACGAGAAGGGCAAUAAAGCAGACUCACUCCUAGCGCACUGCCUCAAAACACGGCAAGAAAACAAGAGAAUCUCAAAAAUUCAAACCCGAAAAGGGGAGGUCACGAAUAACCCCGACACCAUAACUCAGGAAUUCCUGCAUUACUAUACCAUCAUAUACAAUCACGCCGCACCAACGUCCACGGGAGACACAGACCAAUCAGAAACCAUCUCCUCUUUUCUGAGGCCCCUCAACCUACCAUCCCUGACCACCACAGCCCAAGCCCUGUUGGAAUCCCCCAUUGAAACGUAAGAACUUGCCCUGGUCCUCAAAACAUUGAAACCCAUGAAAAGCCCGGGCCCCGACGGCUUCACAGCCCUCUACUACAAGACGUUUCAGGCAACACUGUUACCACCUCUCUGCAAAACCUUCAAUUCACUGUUGCAGGGACACAAACUUCCCCCCGAAAUGCUCACAGCAGACAUAUGCCUCCUACCCAAGCCGGGGAAGGAACACCUCGACCCUGGACACUACCGCCCGAACUCCCUCCUGAACACCGACUUAAAAAUUCUCACAAAGGUAUUGGCCAAUCGCCUCAUCUCCAAAUUGAUCCACCCAGACCAGACCAGGUCGGAUUCAUCCCUAAAAGACAGGCGGCAGACAACACUAGAAGAGCCUUCGAUACAAUUUGGUACACCCAAAGCCGAAACAUCCCAUCGGUGAUGCUCUCACUGGACACGAAGAAGGCAUGCACUUGAAAUUUCCGACUGGAUUCGUGAACAUCAUUCAGGCGAUAUACGACCACCCAACCGGCAAGCUCUUACUUCCUAUUAUCGAGGCCAGACGUUCACCAUAGUUGUUGUUCGCAAUAUCCUUAGAAACACUGCUUCAGGCCAUCCGCACCCACCUCGAGAUCCGCAGAGUACAGAUCAGGCGGGACACAUACAAGGUAGCGGCAUACGCGGAUGAUGUCCUCCUCACACUGGCGGACCCAUACCAUCUCUGCAGGCCACACUUACCCUUAUAGCCGCAUAUUCCAACAUCUCUGGCUAUAAAAUCAAUCUGACUAAAUCGGUACUCAUGCCUAUAGCCCUGAAACCUCAGCAACUCAACCUCAGCCACCUAUUCCCCUUCCGCAUCGCCACGAGCUCCCUAACUUACCUGGGCAUCAAGCUGUCACACGCACUUGAGGACACCUAUGAACUUAACUAUAGGCCACUACUCACAGCGGCACACACCGAUCUACAACGAUGGGACAAACUGGGGGUAUCCUGGCUGGGGAGAGUCACCACAGUGAAAAUGAACCUUCUCCCAAGAUUUCUGUACCUCUUCCAAACAUCUACCCAUUCCUCUACAAAAAGCGGACUUUUAACGCCUCCAGGCAGCCAUAGAUAGAUUCAUAUGGAAGGCCAAAAAAACCUGAAUUUGCAGGGCAACGAUGUACGUCCCCAAACUCAGGGGCGGACUGGGACUACCCAAUUUUCAGCAAUACUACAACGCAGCACAACUGGCCCAUAUCCAACAAUGGCACAUUCCCCCAGGCACGAAAAGAUGGGUGGACCUGGAACACAACGUCUUGGGCUGGGACCAGCCAUCCUCCUACAUGGGGGUGCCCCGCGCACACCGUCCGCUCCCGCCACCUACCUCCCCGGCAAUCACACACACAAUAACCCUGUGGGAUAAACUCAACCCUAAAUACGACCUAUCCUCCUUCCUCUCACUGGUAAUACCGAUAUAUCACAACAAACUCUUCCCGCCAGGGAUGACUGCAAAGCACUUCCUAGCAUUCGACCAGAGAGACGUUUCCAGGCUACUCCACCUAUACCACCAGGGAGACAUCUUCACAUACAACAACCUCCCAAAUGCAGAAACCUUGACCACAUCAGACUACUUCCGAUACAUACAACUCAGAGACCUGGCGCAACAGCCAAUGAUCAAACAGGCAGGAACGUCAUCCCCGACGACAUUCGAGAAGCAAUGCUUUGAUGCACCCCAACAAUCUGGACAAAUCUCCAACAUCUAUAACUCCCUGACAACCCACGCUACUCAAGUCAACCUAUAUCACCGCAUGGGAAUGAGACCUGGGGCCGCCCGAUGACCCGGGCGACUGGGCCAAAAUCUGGGAAGCAACAAACUCCCUGACAGUGUGUGUCACGCACAAGGAACAGGCAUAUAAAACACUGUUCCGCCGGUACCUGACACCACAUAGACUCCACAAAAUGGGACAAAAAUCCGACGAAUGAUGCUGGAAACUGUGCGGAGACACUGGCUCAUACCUUCACUGCUGGUGGAACUGUCCUAAACUCAAACCAUUCUGGACUAAAAUAUGCGACCUCAUCGAACACAUCCUUGAAAAACCAUUCACAGCACAACCAUGGACUAUGCUACUCAGCAAACGACUGGACUCCCUAACCAGGAGUGAAAACAAACUAACUGCUCGAAUAACCCUCGCAACAUGACGGGCAAUAGCGGAACUGUGGGCAGACCAGCAUAUCCCCAAACUAUCAACAAUAAUCAGCAAGGUCAAAGAAACCCGCGACCUUGACAAACUAACAGCACAGAUACACGACACGUACAAAGCAUUCCACCGAACCUGGGACCUCUGGGACACUAACUAUGCGAAAUUGGAGACAGCCUCCACAGGCUAACCAGCCCGCCUCCAAAAACCACGUCAACCAGGACCCACCCCACAAACAAAAGAUAACACAACUAUCCUAACUACAGGCCACCCCCCUCACAGACGCCGCACAGCUACACCCCCCCUUUUUCUUUUUUUUUCUUCUCUCUCUCUUUCUCCCCCUUGCUUCUUUCGCUCUACCUCUCCCCCUCCUCCCCCAUCCCACGAGGGCCGGGCGGGCGUGGGCGCAGGGGGGCGGGCAGGGCUCCCAUACCCAACAACAACAUUGGUGGUCCCCUACUCAUUUCGACAACAUACAUAGCACCCGGCUACACCAGAGCGCGGCGCGCCCAGACGAGGGAACCCCCAAACCUAACUCACAGACUGGCACACGUGAAAACCACACCAACCGGUCCCAGAAACCCACCACCACACCCUUGGAGACGAGGGCUGAACCUCACCGGGUGCCCCAUGACCCAUGCAACCCCCUCUCCCAACGAACCGCCCCCCAACACAGAACCAAUUGCCAACGUCAAAACAACACCCACAACCAUAAACAGAACCACACAAGACACCCAAGCCGGUAGGCCCACGAGACACACCCCAACAAUCCAAUACUCUCCACACCCACCCCACACCCUGCCUACCCUCUCCCUCCCACGUGCCCCCACGACCCUCCACAUGGCCAGGCACUUCCAGCACGUGAGGGCCUCCCGGCCAUAAAAUACCCCAACUCAUAGGGGACACAAUUCCAACACGCAGACUGGACCCUAGGCAACAACGAGUGCCCCACGCACUGGAACAAACAAAAAUUGUUACAUGUAAAACCAGAAAUGCAGCAAAUAAUGAGAAAUGUAACAAAAUGCAAAUGUGAAUGUACCUACUGCCCUUCCCUCUCUCUUCUGUACCCCACCAACAAUCAUAAAACAUAAGCAAAAUGUAUAAAUAAAGAAUUUAUUAAAAAAAAAUAUAUAAGUAAGAAUAUAUAGCCUGCCAUAAAUUAAACAAUAAUAAUCAAGAAAACAAAACAAGAAUAAGUAGUAAGAGAUAAAUGCUAUUAAGCAUGCUAGAUUGUAGAAUGUAGAGCUUUGCGUAGAGGCUAAAAGUAAGCUGGAUCAAAGUAUGAACGACAGAGCUUGGUAUGGAACAGGAGUCCUUUAAGUGGUCCUUCAAGUAGCAAGAUUCAGCACUUGGAGAAUGGUUUGUAGGUAUGGACCAAAAAGGUUCAGAUUUUGGUAUCGAUUGGUACCCCGUGGUCCCCGCUAUGUGAUAUGCAGUAAAAUCUGCUGACUAGCUUAAAAUAUUAGGUGGAUUGCCAUGUGGAGCCCAGGAGCUCGGGCAGCAUGCAUCCACUCAGCAAGCCAGUCAGGCUCCAAUCCCCCAUACUAUUACAUUCUAUAGGUGAUGUUAGCAUUUAAUCGGUUAUAGUGAACAACUGAUUACCUCUCUGAACUAAUGAGCAGUGGUUUACAUUGUCCAAGAAAUGGGGGAGUAUCCAGGUACCCAAACCACCAUAUUAAGACGUAGUGGUUUUGGUGCAUAGUGUUCUUUUAUUAAAUGCUGUUUAAAAACAGACAAUCCAAAUUAAACACCAUUCCAGCCUGGUGACGUUUAAUAACCAGAAAAGCCAAAACUGUUCUCCAAUAAUAUGGUUUAUAUUUGCUAUUUUCAUGCUACAUUUAGUGCCUCCAUAAACACAUGCGUCAUAUUCACAAUAGCAACUGUAUCCAGUUGAGAUGCUGCUCUGGGCAGACAGCUUGCACUUAAAAGGCUCUUGGCUCUACCUAAUCUGCAUUGCCCCUCUCUCUGCUAUGAAGCUAUGAGUUCUGGGAGCGCUUGUGUCUGGUUUAAAAAAAAAAAAAAAGCUUAAUUAUGAACUGAACACCAGCUGUCCUGGUUCCUGUUGGAUUUAGAUAGUACUCCAAAUUAAGAGGGCUUAUUCCCUUUCUUUUGGCAAGAAUUAUGCUACCUAUCUCAAAUGAAAACAACGGGGGGGGGGGGUCUGCAUUAACUCUUAGAUAUAAACAUAUUAUUUGCACAACCAAAGAAAUCAGCCCCAUAUUCCAAACUAGGGGGCCUGAGUGGCAAAUAUUUGAACACUAUUCAUCACAACCCUAUAAUUAUGUUGCUGUAUUCCAACAACUUAUAUUCAUCAGACGUUUAUUGAUUUUGGUGAAACUGUAGGUUGUUGAAAGACAAACCAGAUGAAUGGCAGGUAGUAAUUCAGAAGGACAAAAUAGAAACAUGCAAAAAGAGCAGUUUGCAUACGCAAUUAUAACAUGUCUUGCAAAUCAAGCGAAACCAUUAACAUUUUAAUUGGCGACACGUGUAAAUGAAACCUCCAAACCUACAAAAGGUUUAUGUGCAUACAAUACAGACUUGCUGUAUUCAGGAAGUGGCCACAUGAUGUUUGGAGGUGGUAAUUCAAGGUGUGAAGAGUUUGUGAUCUCGUAGAGUAGAUAUAUCUAAUCUGUGCAAGGAUUAAGGCAUUGAACAUGGCUGACAAAACUUUAGACUCUCAUUAGCACUCAUCGCCGUCCUCCUCUGCAACCGUACUGAUAAUGCACAGUUGCAAAUACUUGAAAAUAAACAUCCGAAAAAUAAACUAAGUAGUUUACAUGAGUGCUAACUAUAUAGAAUAAUGGGAACCAUUAGCCGCCACUUAGCGAUGUUUUUUUUUUUUAGCAGUGAUAGUUGGUAACUCCCUGUUGCUACUUGGGAAAUUUUCUAGUUGGUAAAUAACCGCUAAUCAUUAACUGCGGCGACAAAGAAAGUAGCAGUAACACUGGAAAUGAAACCCAAUAUUCUGUUGUUUUAAUAUAUAUAUAUAUAUAUUUUAAUGACUGUUGUCCAAUUAGUUUUUUCAAAUAUAUUGUUAAAAUUCCGGAUGGAGUGCUGAGCCAAUGAUAGUUAUAUACUGAGACAGGAGACCAAUAAUUGGGACUGUCUUGUGAAAAUCAGGACAGUUGGGAUGUAUGCAUUAUUUCAAACCACUCCAAAACGGUUUAUGACACAAAAUCAUGAAAUGGACUGAUAGCACCAUACAAUUCGCUGUAGAGGUUAUGGAACUUAGUGUGGCACUCUAAUAGCUUGGCUUGCUAGAUAAGUGGUUCUCAACCUUUUUCUGAGGGACAUUAUAUAUAUCAUUAUUUUGAAGCAGUGCACCAGCAUGGACAAGUCUGGGCUUUCCAAGUAGAAUCUUGCCUUUUAUGCUGGAUUUCUUCCCCAUCCACUUUAGGGUACUGUGCUGAACAAGUGGAUGCCUUAUUUUCUUUUCCUGGGUGUUAAGACUCAACGACGGACUCUAGGGCCUACCCAACAGUGGACAUACGAACCUGCUGGCUCAGAUCCUUGUGCCCUCACUGGUGCAGAGAUGGGAAAUAGAUCUUAAAAGUUCCCAUAGUCUACUGCUAUAGGCAGUGACGCACCUACCACGGUCGCAGGAUUUGGGGCGGGACAGAAUGGGACAAAUGAAGAGGCCGUGUGGGUGUAAAUGAGACACAUGGAGUAGCUGAGGGAGUUAAUGAAGCACACUGAGGUGUUGGGGGAGGAAAUGAGACACAUGGAGGGGCUGUGGGGAGAGAAUGGGACACAUGGAGGUGCUGGGGGAGUUAAUGAAGCACACUGAGGUGUUGGGGGAGGAAAUGAGACACAUGGAGGGGCUGUGGAGAGAGAAUGGGACACAUGGAGGUGCUGGGGGAGUUAAUGAAGCACACUGAGGUGUUGGGGGAGGAAAUGAGACACAUGGAGGGGCUGUGGAGAGAGAAUGGGACACAUGGAGGUGCUGGGGGAGUUAAUGACGCACACAGAGGUAUUGGGGGAGGAAAUGAGAUACAUGGAGGGGCUGUGGGGAGAGAAUAGGACACAUGGAGGUGCUGGGGGAGUUAAUGACGUGCACAGAGUUAUUGGGGGGAGGAAAUGAGACACAUGGAGGGGCUGUGGGGAGAGAAUGGGACACAUGGAGGUGCUGGGGGAGUUAAUGAAUCACACUGAGGUGUUGGGGGAGAAAAUGAGACACAUGGAGGGGCUGUGGGGAGAGAAUGGGACACAUGGAGGUGCUGGGGGAGUUAAUGACGCACACGGAGGUAUUGGGGGGAGGAAAUGAGACACAUGGAGGGGCUGUGGGGAGAGAAUAGGACACAUGGAGGUGCUGGGGGCAUGAAUGGGUCGCAGAAGAAAGAAUAUUAAAAUCUGGGGAGUUUAAUAAUUCUUACACUGCAGGGGUGUGUGGCUGAGCUGCUGAUGAACAAAAUCUGCAAAAUCUUGAGCCAUUACCUGCUAUCUAGCAUUAAUUACUAUACUUUCGAUAUCAAAACAGGAAAGACCCACAGGCUCCCAGAGUAAUGUGGACCCCAAGAGAGGGCACCUCAUGCCCUUGUUGUGGACUACCUUGCCGCCAUUCCGCACCUCUCUAAUCGUUGGACCAGACGUAAGUCAUCCCAAAUGCCAGUCGAGACUGGAUCUCGCAGAUCCAUGCACUACCAACUAAAGCAGACCUCAGAGAGGCGCCGUGCAAAUCUCCAUCCAUCCAUAUUGACAUUUUCAGUGAUUUGCGACCUAGUGCAGCAUUGUUUGUUUGUUUUUGUCCAGCAAGCAAGAUACAGGAGUCUGCGUAUAAGCUCCUGAUACCUUGGUACCGUACCCCGCAGAGGCUGAGGGCUAUCAAGCCUCCUUUCUUAGGACUCUACUGGCGCUGCCAUCGAGCCGAGGGUUUAAACCUACACAUACAUCAAAUGGUUGCACUCACAAGAGAGUAGAAAGUAACUCGUUCUUUGUGUCACCCGAUGGCAAUGGAGGGUCAGAACCUCCUUGUCCCUCAGGAAGUUUUACCAAAUUUAUUUUAUUUAUGUUGGUUACAUGCUGCUACAAUAAAAGCAUUUUUUACUUAAUCUGGAGUCCUGACUCUUGUAUCGGGUGAUUCCUGAUGGACAAGGAGGUUCUGGCCCACCAUUGUCAUCGGGGGAGGCACUCAUAGAAUGAUUUAAUUAGUGCUCUCUUGUGAUCACAACCAUUUGAUGCACAGUAAUAAUUGUUAUAUGCAAAUUGCACUAUGUAUUGUUUUUCUUUUCUUGUGUAGAUUUUUGUAUAUAUUUUGAAGUGUUAAAGGAACACUAUUGUCACCUAAAUUACUUUAGCCUAAUAAAGCAGUUUUAGUGUAUAGAUCAUUCCCUGCAAUUUCACUGCUCAAUUCACUGUCAUUUAGGAGUUAAAUCACUUUGUUUCUGUUUAUGAAGCCCUAGCCACACCUCCCCUGGCUAUGAUUGACAGAGCCUGCAUGAAAAAAAAAAAUGGUUUCACUUUCAAACAGAUGUAAUUUACCUUAAAUAAUUGUAUCUCAAUCUCUAAAUUGAACUUUAAUCACAUACAGGAGGCUCUUGCAGGGUCUAGCAAGCUAUUAACAUAGCAGGGGAUAAGAAAAUCUUAAUUAAACAGAACUUGCAAUAAAGAAAGCCUAAACAGGGCUCUCUUUACAGGAAGUGUUUAUGGAAGGCUGUGCAAGUCACAUGCAGGGAGGUGUGACUAGGGUUCAUAAACAAAGGGAUUAAACUCCUAAAUGGCAGAGGAUUGAGCAGUGAGGCUGCAGGGGCAUGUUCUAUACACCAAAACUGCUUCAUUAAGCUAAAGUUGUUCAGGUGACUAUAGUGUCCCUUUAAAGGUAUCUGACUGAGAGGUGACCUUGGGAGUUUAAAUUAUAUGGUGAAGUCAGUUAUUUCGCUUAAUUUUUUCACUUUUUAAAAGAUGAUACCCCACUCCCUCUAGCAUGUAAGCUCAUUGAGCAGGGCCCUUAAUCCCUCUGUUCCUGUGCGUCCAACCUGUCUGGUUACAAAUACAUGUAUGUUAGUCCACACAUUGUACAGCGAUAUGGAAUUUGUUGGCACUUUAUAAAUAAUAAUAACAAAUGUGCUUUUGAAAUGUUAUAAAUUAAUACCUUUUGAUUAAAAAAAUAAAUAGAUCCCAAUUGCGAAUUCUCUUCCGCCACAUUUUAUUAGGCGCAUGGUAACAUCAAUCAUUCCUACAAGACAAGCCAAACAAUUAUCUUUUGAUGGGGUAUAUCAAAUUACUAAAUUCUCUCAUCACCUAUCACAGCCCCUCGAGAUGUUGCUUUGCAAUGCCAGAUGCACGCUGAUAAGCAACUCUUAAAGGAACACAGUAGGCGCUAUAAGAACUUAAUUUUAUUAAAGUUGUUAUAGUGCAUUCAGUCCUCCCCCCCCCAAAAAAAAACCAUUUUAUUUUAAUAGUUUGGAGGCUUCAAAUUGCUGCUCUCACGUUAUGAAAGCCAAUGCUGUUACUUGUUACCCAGCUCACAUACCGUGACGUCAGGCUCACGUGUGCAGUAACAGCGAGCCUAUAGUCCCCAGUGCUCCACUAUCAGGAACAUUGGAUUUGGCUGUCAUCCUGGAGGACAUUGCGUUAGAAGCAGGCAUGGAGAGAUGGAACUUGGUGCUGGAGAGAAGGUGAGUUAUUUUAUUUAUUUUAUUACUAAUUUAUUUUUUUCCUUUCAACACAGUAAAGGAGGAGACUAUAUUUAAAAGAAGAAAAACUACCACAAGAGGUCAUAGUCUUAAAUUAGUGGGGCAAAGGUUUAAAAAUAUCAGGAAGUAUUACUUUACUGAGAGGGUAGUGGAUGCAUGGAAUAGCCUUCCAGCUGAAGUGGUAGAGGUUAACACAGUGAGUGAGUUUAAGCAUGUGUGGGAUAGGCAAAAGGCUAUCCUAGAUACAAGAUAAAGCCAAUAAAAGUGUUUAGAAAAUUGGGCAGACUAGAUGGGUCGAACGGUUCUUAUCUGCCGUCACAUUCUAUGUUAUAUAACAAACAUUCAGGAGAGCCCUUAAACUAAGCAGUGACUUUAAAACACUACAGUGCCCUUUUAAUGAGUGCUAUUAAGAGGUAAGUGUCCUAUGUGUUUGAGACAUUUAGCCUCACAUUCUUUCAAGAUCUCAACAGAUCCAAUCUGCUAUGACAGAAAUCUAUGCAUCCCAUCACCAAAAUAGAAGAUGCAGGACUUACUUAUUGCUCAUCUACCCACUGGUCCCUAAGUGUAAUCAAGGAUGGGAAAACAUGUAAAACGUCUGUCCCACCUUUCUCACUGAUCUGGGCUUUGCAGAUCAAAAUAAUUGAAACCAACUCCCAAAUAAAAAAUUGGGUAUACAUUAUACAUAUAUAAACCAUAGAAAUAUUAAAAGGAGAACUGUCACCUAAAAGCUAUUUUAAUAUAAUCCUUUCUUCAAGUUUUGAAAGAAAACAGAUUUGUUUUUAAUGAAGUAUUUGUAUAAAAAAAAAAAAUAGAAACCCAUCCCUACUUUUAGUAUGUGACAGGACCCUUCAGACAUAUACAUGCACCUAGGGUCAGACAGUGUUAGAAAACCAAUAUUUUGUCUCUAUGGUCUUUCCUGCUUCUAUGCAGGGAGUGAAGCAAGAAAGACUACAGUGCCACUUGUGACAAAGUUUGGGUUGAAGUUAGUUAAUUGGGUGAUCAUGUAAUGAGACGUGCGUGGGAUAGAUUCACAGAUAUCUGAAUCCUAUCUCACCUAUAACUGAUCCCUAGGACAUGCAGCCACUUGCCCACCCAUCCUUCUUUAAUCGUAAGAUUUAGAAUGCUAAAUCAGACAUUUCUAAUCUUCACUAACUGCCUCCUUAACCACUCAGAACCAAAAUAGUCUGUACAUUUGCCCUCAAACUCUCCAGCAAUUUGCUUCAUAGUCCCUCUGCAGUCUCUUGUCAUAAAAUCCCCCAUUAUAACCUUUAAACUGUAAGCUUGCUAGUCUUCUUGCUAAGUCCUUUUUUUAAAUGCAAGAUUUAAAGGGAAUCUCACCACUUACCUGACCCUCCACCCCACCCCCACCGCAAUUUCAUUACACCACCCACUCUCUGUUUGGUCUCAUCACUGGUUUGCCUUGCCUGGGGAAGCUUUAAUUCAAGCAGAGCGGAUCUCCUCCAUGACGCCAACAUGCUGGCUUCCAUGCCAGCAUGCCAGCGUGUGAACACUGUCAGUCACUUCAUUCCUAUACUCCCUGUACUGGCUAGGGAGUUACCAUAGCAACCUCUGCGUAUGUGCUGUAGUUAUUAUCGGUGUAAAGCACAAGGACAACUUGUGUGUGGUCUCUUUUGCUCAACUUUUAUCAAUACAUUUCUCAGCAUAGAGUCUACGCUAAAAAUUUUUAAUUUGAUUAACAGUUAAUAUUGUAAAAAGAGCAAACAUAGUUUUGGACAUGACCGGUGCCAUUUAAGUUCUAAAGCAGGGUCCUCUGUUACUUUUCAACUGGUAAGUGUAUAUUGUAUUCUCCGUAUCUCUAUAUAGUUAAAUCCUGCAAAAUUCAUUGGCGGUUUAAAAAAAUCUAAUUGAUAUCGAUGGACUUUAUGGAGUAUCUGGGUUGGCAAUCUCCAUCUCUACAGUAAAUAUUUUGCCUGUGACGACUUAAUAUGAUAUACGGUACUUAUUGUUCUAAAAAAACCAUUGCACUUGACUGUGUGCAGUCGAGGGAUGGCUAUACAUAAGAUCCUCCAGCAGUUGUAAAACUAUAGCUGGAAAAGAAUAAUUGCAAUUCUUAGUUCUAGGUAAAUAAUUUUUGGCCACCCAUGAGCGGCAGGUGGGGGCUAUUAUACAAUAAAUGGACAGGACCUAGUUUCCCCCAAAUCCGCCAACUAUGAGUGUUGGGUGGGUGAUAUUAUACAAUAAACAGCUGGACAUAGUGUCCUCUCCCAGCCCCUGCCUAUGAAUAGUGGUUGGGGUAUAUCUUAUAAUAUUGUUCUACCCCAGCUCCCACCCAUGAGAAGCGGAUGGCGGGUAUUGUUUAAUAAACAGGAAGGAAUAAGCUAUUAAGUACGGCCACUCUGAUGUCCAGUAAUACACCUAGAACUCUUCACUUUGCCUUUGGUAGGGUUGCUGCUUUCUAUCUUGCUGAGGAACCUCACGUAUUGUGACAUAUUUUCAAUCUAAACUGUAGUUAUCGGUUUUGAUAUUUGAUAAAUUAAUUGAUCCAGACUGAUGAAAGGCUUAUCAGGAGCCAAGAAAGAGUAUUGGCUCUAAUUUAAGGCUAUAGUGUUCUAUUUGAAGUCAUGUUUUACUUUGUAUCGACUUACUUGAAACUUGUUCUAUUGGGCAAUACUGGAGAUUUGCAGGUACUUUAUAAUAUUAGUAAUACUUUAAUUAUUUAAGCUGCUGAACAUACAGUGUUCUAGAUCUUCUGUAUUGCGCUGUAACUAAUUAAAUGUUUUUUAUCAGUGCAAGGUUUCACUAAUCCUCACCUUUUUUAUUUGCAGAGUUGUUUAAAUUAACAGUUUUUGGCAGCCUUAGUAACCUGCCUCGUGCAUUUCGAAGAAGGGAAUCCCGAGACACAGACAUACGGCAGCACCAUGUCAGAGCAGACAGCAUGUUUGAAAAGACUCAGGAUGACCUUGUAUCUAUACCAAAAAGCCCUACAUAUGCGAGGUCAUGUGACAUGUAUAGCCACAUGGGAACAAUGCCCAGAUUAAGCACCACACGUGCAUCUAAAGCCAAGAAGGAAAAAGCAAGCCACGUUGGCAGUAGCAAUAUACCACCGGCUGACAUGAGAUCACAAGAUGACCUACUGAACGAUGACCCAAACGAUAUUAUAGUCGUUCCAUCCCUAAGAGCUGCAGGCAAGUUAGGAUCUCAAAGGAUCCACAAAGAUUCUUCUAAACUGAAUAAUAUAGAGAAUUCCAAAUCCCAAUCUCAGGAAAAUAAACCAGAGAAUGAACAUGCACAGAUCAAUACGGAUCCCUCUUGUACAGCUCACGGGUUGCCACCUGAAAUUCCCAAACUGGAAGGAAGGGAUGGAGAGAAAACCGCAGACAGCGGACAAAUCAAUAACAAUGAAAGUUGUGCGGAAAGGUAAGAUAAUUUUGGGGUUCUUUCAUUAAAAAGUAAAUUGUGCAAGGUCACCACUGACUUGGAAGAUCUAUAAUAACCAACCAGUUUUGAUGUUUUUUUUAUAAGUUUGUUCCUCCCUCUCUAUUUAACAGUUGUGUUUGAUUUUCUUAUGAUUUGGGUUUUUUUGUCUAAUCUUGCUGGCUGUCAGCUCACCGUGUAACUUUUUGUUUUCUGAAUGGAGUUGUGAUAAUACAUGACAACACUGUGUUCCAUAAAAAGAACGAGUAUCCCAACAGCUGAAGACAAAACUAUCAAUGGUUCAUACAAGUACAUUUUAAAAGAAAAAAUUUGUAUAAACUUUUGCACCUACCUGACGUGAUCACCGAUAUCACUAGACUGUGGAUCAACUGGCCUCCCAUAGAUUGGCCCAAAACUCUGUAACAUUAUGUAAUGUAGGUGCAGAUAUUUCCACCUGCUGGAUGUCAAUACCCCCCCAAUGAUUACACCAAGAUCAAAAUAAUUUUAAACUUUGCAAACCAUUACAAAUCUCAACAAAGUCGUUUCCAGCGACACGUUCCAAUUAUUUGGAAAUGGCACUACCAGUGGCUAACUUUUAGUUAGCUAUCAAGUUGUGCAAAAAAUGAAUCUGCUUAGUAAAUGUUCUAGUUCACAAUCUAAAUGUUGCAUUAUUACUACACAUUGUUGCGUUGUAUAAAAAUGAGUCUGUGCAUACUUACAUGUUAAAAAAAAAAAACGGCGUGAUUAUUGUCCUACUGCCCACAUUUUCCAAUUUCAGCUGAGUAACAGAGCUCCCUGUACCCCUGGCUGGGUACCUCCGCAAAGGACCGCUUCCUAGCUGGAACAAGGGACAAACUGCAGCACUUCUGCCACAGUCGCCAUGGCUUGACUGGGGUCCUGGAACCGCUCACACCUGGAGCCGAAUGGGGAACUCGCUCUAUCCAUCCCAGGUACUGGACGACACUCAGUCCUGGAAGCUCUAGUCCUUACAAGGACUUUCACCGUUGAAUCCUCCACGCUGGAGCAGUGAUUAGCCCUUUCCCCUCCCAGUAACCAGACAACACAUAGUUCUGGGAGUACAAGCUGGAAUACGUUUAAUCUGGCCAUAUGGCCUGCUUUUAUACACAAUGCACAGCAAUAAUUACAUUAUGUAGAACACACCCACAAUACACAGUCUCCCUUCAGGUUCAUACGUAAACUCCUCCCUUAAUUCCUGUAGCGAGAGAUAAUUGAGUCUAAAGGACCUUAAUUUGAUUAUAUCUCAGUUACAGGAAAAUAUACACGAAAUCACAAAACACCCAAAAACAUAAUAAAAAUACAUAAUAACCACACAAAUUUUACAUCCCCAAACACCCCUGACCUGAGCACCCAAGUUGUGCAAAUUGCACUAAGAUCCAUGCAGUACAUGGGAAUCGCCACCGUGUUAAAGUUCUGACCGGCCGCACACAUGGUCCUAUGCUCAAAACAGUCCCAGAGCAUUUGGUGCUUUUGCCGGUCAACUUUCCGGGGCUCCAGCGGACGAAUUACAGGGUGUUCCGCCUGGAUCGCAAGCAGCAUUUGUUCCCCACAGUCUCAGGUACCUUCCCUCCAAAAAGCGCUCUCCUGGCCGUUUUCAAAGUGGUCCAAAACGCAGGACCAAGUUGACCGGUAACAGCACAGUCCCCUAGCCGAAAAUAGUUCCAUAGAAUCGCGGCUAAGUGCGAAGUCUUCAUGCUGAAAAUAGUUCCAGGGCAUUUGCGGCUAAGUCCCCCUGAAGUCUAAUCGCGGUUUUGGUCCAUGCGAACGGCCGCCAGGGAGCUAGCGUUCGGUUCUAUGCGCACAAAUGGAAAGUGCCGAACCAGGGGAAAUAAAAUAUUGGCCUUUACAGACGCUGACCUGGCCCAUAGUCGGUGAGCAGGAAGCCAGCUUCCACACUCUUCCAGGAGUCCGUGGCAAACGUCUGUGGAAAGCGGCGUUUGUCACAGGCUGUUUUUCUAGCCUGUUUUAAAUGGUUACUUUUAAGCAACAUGUCCACUUUCUGUGAUUUGAAGUGGUUAUGUUUUUUGGAGUCUGUAUGUGCAGUGAUUUGCUUUGAAAAAAUUGACAUUAGCCAGCAUGGAACUCUAGUUACAAGUUCUGGCAGCAGAGGGGUUAAACUUGUAACUAGAGUUCCAUGCUGGCUAAUGUCAAUUCUGUUCAUCUUCCUAUGUACAGAGUUUCAUUCUUCUGGCUGAAAGCAGUCAGCUGACACAUACUCCACCAAGGAAUGGUCGUUUUUCAUGCACAGUGUGCCAUUAAGUGGCUGAGAGUGCUGAGACGUUCUUAGCCAGUGAAUGGAGACUGGAUCGGCUUCUGACAGAAACAUUUCACCAGUGCAGAAAGGGGCCUCGGCCCCCAGUGGGGUCCCAGGUAAAGGUUGCAAAAACAGUUUGUGCCAUUACCAGGAAAUGGGGCCAAGGUCAGGGCUCCUAUCAUCAUACCUGCUACAGCAGUUUGUAGUAGUUAUAAUGCUUGGCGUAGAUUUUUAAAUUUGGAUUCACCCCAUAGAUCUAAAUUCAUCACAGUUACCAGCUUAGAGCUUUUAUUCUGUUUCAGAAUUUAUUUGUGUCUCUUUAUUGGUUAUAGGGAUCGAUUUUACAGGUGCCUGACUUUUAGCUUUGCAAUUCAUUUAGACUAGACAGGGAAACUCACAUUCCUGAGAUAGGUGAUGCUGUGUGAAAUCCACAUAUCUAGAGCCUCCCAAAAAAAAUUAUCUUCUGACAUUUUUCCGUUGAGAUAGGCAUAUUUAGCCCUUUGCAAUCUUACAGAAAAACUCACAGUUCUAUGACCAUGUAGGUGACAGAAUUCCAUGAUUCUCUGGCUAUGUGGUGGGACAUCCAUGAUGUUCUGGUGGGUUGUUUUUUAAAGUGAUAAUAAUUUUUCAAGUUACUUUUAUUUUGUAUUUUCAAAAAUAUAGAUAAAUAAAAUAUUAUAGAAAACUACUGUAAAUGUAAAAUAAACAAAUACACCAAAAUUUACCUUUUUAUUUAUAAGUAGUAUCAACACGCAUAGACUUGCUCUGUUCAUGUACGAAAUACAUACAUAGAUCAAAAUAAAAGCUUUUCAAAUAUAUGUCCCCCCCCCCUGCAGUUUCUCUGUAAUACAAAGAAAUAAAAUGCAAGUUCUGUCACAUUUACUCAACAUGUGCGAACAUGUGUCAGUGUGACAUUUGAUAUAAAUGCCACUUUGUGACUUUGUUUUAGAGUUCAGCUGUUCCUUUGUUCAGUAACUUGUAUCUUUAAUUGAUGUGUGGAUGUUUAACAGUCCGUUAACAUGGUUCUGUCUUUCUGUAGCAUGUCCUAAAAAGUUUGAAAACACAUCCCCAAAGAGUACUUUCCCUCUCUGUUUCACUAGAGCUGGAGGAGGCCCUGAGAUGCCAGGAGCAUGCUAAUGACCUGGAAUUCCAUCGUUCCUAGAGCCAAGAGGAGACUUCCCCUUGUUCUGCUCUACAUUCCAAACAGGGCAGUGGGAGGGAGGGACACAGUGCAAGGAGGAGGCAUGCUGCUGGGGUCCAGGGAAUCUUUUUCCCAAGUUCACAAACGGUUGUUUCUCAGACUGCACUGACUACUCGUAGAGAUGAGUUUGGAUUUCAGGCCCAUGACGGAUGUAGGGCGGCACGUGUACCCCGUGGGCUACCGGUAAGAGAACGCAUACAGCUACCUUGAUAAACUUCUCAAGGGGCAGGGGAGAAUAAUUCAACGUAUAACUUUAUAUAAUGCAGAGAGUGAUAUUGUGUUAACAGCAUUUAUUGAACAAACUUUCAUGCCUAUUCAUCUGUCAAAGUAUCCACGGAAUAAAAAUUUGUUCAAUAAGCUGAGAAAUGUCAGGAAUUUACAAGAGAAUAGCAAAUUGCCAAAAUAACUGAACUAGAUGAAAAUAAUGUGUAACUCUUAAUUUUUUAAGCCUUGCUACUUUGGCCUAUUAUAAUUAUUUGCAUUUAUAUAGCGGCAACUUAUUCCGAAGCACUUGACAAUAUUAUAAAGGAGGAAAUGUAACAAUCAAUGAGACAAUUACAAAAUGUUACAGCAACAAUAGGUAGAUGAGGACCCUGCUUAAACGAGAUUACAGUCUAGACAGAGCCUAAAAUAUACAGCUCCAGUUAUUAUUCUAUUCUGUAAUCUGUAGUUUAGUGAAUUAUUAUUAUUGUUAUUUUAUUAUUUAUAUAGCGCCAUCAGAUUCCGUAGCGCUGUACAAUGGGGUAAACUACAUCAAUAAAAUAUUAGCGUAGACAACGGUUUUAUGGUCCUGGUGCAUCCUGGUUUAAUCUGAACAGACAGGGCUGAUUCCGUUCAUAUAAAUUGAUAAUAAAACACGUGUCCCCUUGUUUUAGUAACAGAAUGUGGGACAAUGCUAGGGGUGAUCACAUUCUGGUAAGGCAGCAGGUCACAGGAGACUGUAAAAGGGGCAAGUGGUUUGCGUGUUCUAAUGGGGAUGAGAUAAUUGUGUCAAAGUGAUCGUAGUGAUACAUCCUACAGGGUGGCAUAUUGCUUUGGGCUAAUACUUACAGUGUUCAUCUUUCUAAGAUGUUAAAAGUGAGAUUUUUCAAUACAUUGCUUCCCGCAGCUCGUGAAAUAGUUAUUAGAGCCUUUACAAGCCUUAUAGACUUAAUGGGGAUCUUUUACCCGUCUCAUUGACUUUGUUGCCUAUCAACCACACGUAUUAAAUCAAAUGCUUUCUUAACUUUUAUUCCUUUUUUUUUUAGCCUUUUUAUUCUUUUUUUCCCUGCAUCCCUUUCUUCUUUUCCUUGACCCAUUCCUGCUCUUUCUCAGAUCUGCAUCUUGUCUGGCAUUUAAUGUUACUCUGCUUUACCUUCCCAUUCUCUCCCAUAUCAUCUGCUUACAAUUAGAAUCCUUAUUUUUUUUUGAGAGGUCACCCUGCUUCCACCCCCAUCCGUAGCUCAAUGACCUCACUUUUUCCCCAUUCCCUUGUCUGAACAUUCUGGGCAGUUACACAGCAUGUGGGUUUUGAUUUAUACCGCACAGUACCAUCAGCUUGUGUAUCUUCAUUUCAGUGUGGCCGCACGCACUCUGGGAACUUUGAAAACCUUGCAUGUUUUCCAAGUUCAGCAUAUUGAUACAACAGUACACAGCAGCCAUACGGGGUUAUCAAUAAUUACACAAGUAUUAGAGCAUAACAAGUAUUAAAAAAAAAAUAAGUAUCAUUAACUACAGGAAAAAAAUAAAAAUUAAUCAGUACACCCCUUGUGCUGUUAAGCAAUUACAGAGGGAUAGCAAUGCCAAGACACUCUAAACUAAAUGCAAAUAAAUAAGCAAAUAAAAACGGUUAAUCAAAGUAAAACAAACCCAUCAGGAAGCAAUAAACUAUCCAGGCUAUACAAAAGUGCAGAAAGCAAUCUUUUAUGUACAAACCGCAAAUUGGCAGUGAUCUGGAAACAUUUUGGCCCAAAAUAGCUGAACUGUAGAAAAAAAUAUAUCUCAUACUCAACUACUUUUUAUAACGAACCAUGAUUAACUGUAUAGUGAAUAAACUCCAGAGUUUUUAUUAACACUCAAUAUUUAGCUAUAAUAACCUAAUGACAGAUGAGGUGUCCACAGCCUUCCAGGGGGAGGCACUUGCCCCUCUUGUCCCAUGUUGCGAACGCCCGUGUUCGUUUGGGAAUUUGAUAGUCAUACAAAUAGGAUAUCACCUGACAACGAUUUUCAAUAACAGAAAUGUUAUGAUCUCUUAAGAAUGACAUGUUUUUUUAUGUCUUAUACAGUUUUGAAAUGUAUCAACUGUGUAAUUUAUAUUAUUGUGGUAUGUAACCUGAGCUUAUUGUUUUUAAAAAUAAUAUCAGGAAGUAUUACUUUACUGAGAGGGUAGUGGAUGCAUGGAAUAGCCUUCCAGCUGAAGUGGUAGAGGUUAACACAGUAAAGGAGUUUAAGCAUGCGUGGGAUAGGAUAAGGUCAGAGACUAAUGAAAGUAUUUAGAAAAUUGGGCAGACUAGAUGGGCCGAAUGGUUCUUAUCUGCCAUCACAUUCUAUGUUUCUAUGUUAUGUAUAACUUUGUUUUUAGAAAAAUCCUUUGAUAAUAGUACUUGCCCCUCCUCUUUUCGGUCCUUAAAGUGUAACCUUAUCAUUUUUGUUUACUUUAAGAAACAUUCAAUUGUUUCAAGUUAGUUUACAGAAUUAAGUGCCCCAACACGGCCAUUUAAUAUUUAUUUUGGUGAAAUACUGGCCCAAACUCCAGUCUGUUUGUUAAUCGUAGUUUUUAUGUAUGUGUCUAAAAACUUGCACUUGGGACAAAUUCCGUAUCUGUGUCAAUUCAAGUGAUCGCAGUAAGAAACAAAAAAAACACUAAACCAAAAGGGAGCAACAAUCGCAACAAAAUAAAAGAUUGAAAAGAAAGUGGGAAUAGAUAAUUGCAUUAUGAUAUUUUACAAAGGCCAACAAUAACACAGAUUGCUUCCAAUAUAUAGGGCACAGCACACAACGGUUAUAAACCGAUGAGUAAUGUGAAGAUAGCUAAGCAGGUCGAGUCAUUCUACUAGGUGGAGAUUUAGAACAGAGUCAAACACUGUGAUUUAAUAAGUACUCUAGGAAUUGAUGAACUAAUCUGAUCUCUCCAGAGCCAACUGACUGCUCUAACUACUGAACACCAUCUUGUAGAACCUUCAGCCAGCAUUUGGCUGGGUAUACCAGCUGGGCAUCAAUAUCUGGAGCUAUUUGUUUGUCACAGCUAUCUAUGACAAUAUGUGUGCCCCUCGAAGAGAACCAAACACCAUUUCUUAAAGAGAAUUAUUAUAAAUAAUAAUUAAAGAAAAACCUUAAUGCUGGAAAGACUUCAUCAUACUUGGGUAGCCAAGUUGGUGUAAUAAUGCGGAGACACUAACUAUCAGUAUGCAAUCUUUUUAACAACCGUGCAUUAUUACGCUUUUUAGAGAUAGAUUGCGUCUGUCAGGAUUACUGCUUGGGUGUCAGGCCCGUAUGAAUGGUUGCCAAGUAGCCGAGGGCAAUACAAUUACUCCAUAGGUCAGUGGUUGGCUUAAAUGCAGUUAUAGCCUGGUUACCAAGUGUCCCAAUUUGGAUGGAACAUGCAGUGACAUCACAACCUAUGUCGCAUUGUUCUUACAAACAAUUAAAAUAUUUCCCCCAGUUGCAUGUAGCAGGGAAACUUUGCAUGUUUAUUGACUUUGCAGCAAUACAAUUGGUUUUCAUAUUCAAACACACAGGCAAAGAUACUACACAGGUAUCACAGAUCAUGACAUCACAUCGGAGUCAUGUCCUAAACUAGAAACUGCUGACAUUUGAUAGAAGAUUGAAAGGUCAAUACCACUGUAAUGACCAUAACCACUGCAGCACAUUGUCAUGUGCAGUUGCAUUAGUUUUCUAGCUAGGCUAUUCUACUCCAAAAGUUGUAAUUUCCACGUGAAAUCUCAAAUUCCUGUUGGAUAUAUCCAAAAUAACAAUACAGCUGCACUUGCAGUGUGAUGUCAUCAAGCCUGUCUGUCGUAGUAGGUGUUCCUACUGUGGCUAAAUAAUAUAUAGGAAGCAUCAGACAAAUUAUUGCUGAGUCUGUAGUUUGGCGUCUCUGUGUUGCCAGCACUCUACUAAACUAAUUCUGCAUACGUUCAUCCUUCCACAACUAUAUGAACACACAAACCAAAAUAGAUUGCAUUAUUUGAAAAAACCACUUAACAAUAUAAUGUUUCAUAGGUCGAUCACGCUAUUGAUGUACGAGUACUUUUCUGUCUAACAUGUGCAUGAACAUAGUCAAAUUAAUAAUGGUUGGAACGAUACGGGUGAGAAGGGAAACAAUUCAUGUAGCAGGUUGCCAGCACAAUUCCCUGGUACAUUAAGCUUGGUUUCAUGUUAAAAGGAAAUAACACAAGUACUGAAUUAAUUUUUUUUGUGUGUCCAUCAGUGCUCGGUCAUGAGUCAGAUAAGACACAGAUCAGUGUGCAUGCUGUGUGCGUGUGCAGAUACACAUGGUUUUCCCCUGCUUGCAGUAAGAGGAUGUAAGGAGAGGUGAAAGGAAGCUUUGCAUUGUCCAAACUCAGGGAUAGAAAAGUCUGUUUCCUGAGUUCUACCUCCCACCGGAGUCCCACCCUGUCACUUGACCCCAUUAUUCUCAUUCUUAUGAUUCACCCCGAGCCAGGAAACCUUAGUGAACACAGUGUCCUGUAAAGCUCAGAGCUGACUGAAUCCAUGGGGAUGGCCCAAAAAAAUGGGAUGAAACAUAGCGACAAAUAAAAGGUUUUGUGUAAAGAACAAUUCUGGGUGGAAGCUGGGCAAGUGGAGCUAGCAGGCACUAUGGAAACCCAUGGAAUCUUACGGAUUUCAUUACAUUUAGAACUUUGACCCAGGACUGCUCGUAAAGUGGACAUGUCGUCCACAAAUCAGGUGGUUGACAGGUUUACAUUCAGAUGGAUAUAUGAUAUCUUUACAGUGUGAUGGUGAAAUUGCCAGCUUGUAAGUGGAUUAAAAGAUACAUUUACAUCCAGUUCCCCUUGAUUAACCAAGAUGACGUUCUGAAAUUAAAGAAAUGACUGUGUCCGCAAUUGCCCCACCCUCAAAGUGGUAUCCCUUAAAGUGGCCCUGUCAUGAUUUUUUUUUUUUACUUUAAUUUUUCCUUAGCUUAUGCCCUCUGUGUCUUAAUGAUUAUAUUCUCCCUUUUGUCAUUUUACUUUAUAUUGAGUCUCUUUACCUCCUGUGCUGGAUCUCAAUAUCUGGGAGAAGUCAUUUUGUUCUCCUGGGCCUAGAUUGGUUUUACUGAUGUAUUGUGGGUAAAUAUGAUUGGCAACUGAAAUAGAACUUUGCCUUAAAUUAUCCCCAUUGACAAGUUUUGUCAAAUUGACUGCUAUACAUAAGUAAAAGUAGUCCCUGCUUCAUUUUAUGUUUUAAAAAAAAUUAAAGAACUCAGGAAAAAUAAAUAAAAAGAGAUUCAGACACAGGGAGCUGUACAGAAACAAUUUCAAAAAAGUUAAUUUUUUUGCUUUAAUUGUACUGAGAGAUGUCUGCACUUGAUAGUGGCAAGUGCUAAAACUCUCCCCCUAUGUAAUCGUAUAUAUAUAUAUAUAUAUAUAUAUAUAUAUAUAUACGAUCAUAUAAUGUGUAGGUGAAAGUUUGAUCUAUACAUUUGCUACAAAAUUGUCUAUCACAAUGUUAAAAUAGAAUUGUAUUCUCUUUUAAAGUGACACCAAGUCAUAUUACUCAUGACAGAGGUAUUUUUUAAUACUGCGAUGUUUUAGUUUAUUGUUCUUUAGGAUUUUAAAGUAAAUUUAACGCUUCAAAAAGUUUCCAAAACAAAGUAUUUUGUAGGUUUAGCAAUGAGUUAAAACCCCUAUCUUAUUAUCUUAUGUAAAUACCAUUAGUAUUUCAAUAUAAAGGAACACUGUAGUAUCAGGUAUACAACCGUAUUCCUGGCACUAUAGUGCCUCUGUGGCUGUUUAGGUCAAUGCUCCCUUUUACCCCCUUUAGAUCAUUCUAAAAAGUUGAUUUUACUCAUCUUUUCUCCCAUGUUGUGCUGGUCUUUAACUGCCACCCUGCACCAAUCUGCAUCUCCAUGGGGAACGUUCACUGCCUCCAUGCAGAGCUUGGAGAAGCAGAACGUAGGUGCUGCACACAGUGCAGCAUUUACUCAGGAAGCCCCUCUAUUGGCUGUCUGAGUGACUGCACCUAGAGGUGUUACUAGGCACUUUUUUUUUAAAGGGCAGCUGUUCAAUGAAAAGCCUGCAGGAACAUACUAUAGUUGUUCUGGUGACUAUAGUGUCCCCUUAAAAAGAACUAUCAUAUUAAAGGGGACAACAUUUAAUUCCCACGGGUUUAUUAUACAUGUCUUAUAAAGCGAUGAAGAGAGUUAAUCAUUGUGGCGGCCAUCCGGAUAGGAACACGGGUUUCGCCGCUAAGGAUGGCUUUUUCCCUCCUUAUAGAACUCUGCUGCAGCAAUUCCAAUUCUAGUAGCAAUAAAGAGUAGAAUUUCUCAAGUAGUUAUAAUCCAAAGCAGGUAUAGCUUUCCCCCACAGACGUUAGUCAAGACUGAAUGCUGGGAGUGAACUGUUUUAUUCAGGGCCACACACUGUCUUUUAUGCAAAAGCCCUUACAAGGGGUUUCCCACACAAAAUAACAGGGUAAACCCUUCCAUGAUCCUCUGUGCCUGAGAGAUAAUUACCUGGGGAAAAAACAUAUAUAUAUAAAUUAUCUCUCCGGUACAGAAAAAUCUACAAUAUUCACAACAUCCCAAAACAUACAUAAAACAACCAUGUACCCUUUCAAGUCUUAUAUCCCUGGAUAGCCUGGAUCUGAGCACACAACAUAUCAUAAAAGUGCCAAUUUCUAUUGAAGUAUGCACUUUUUAUAAAAAUAAAAAUAAGAGGACACAGUCUUCACACAUAAAACACGUCUUUAGGGCUCUGGAGUGUCCCUUUUAAUCUUUGUCUUUCAAGGAAGCCGCAUUUCGCAUGAUGUGGUAGUGCUUUAGUUUGACAUCUGCUCAGAAACGAAAGUUCCUGAACAGAUUUUGAUUUGCUUCACUAUUUCCUUAGAUAAAAGUGGUAGAGCUGCCCAUUUUGCACUUUUAUACCUUGUCGUGAAGCUAGUGAGAUAUGUCCGUGGUAAGUGCUACUGCUGUUGUCUCUCUAGUGAUGUUUUAAUUUAUGGUAGGAUCAGUGCUCUAAUUAUGUUACUGAAACAUUUUAUUUGAGGCUCCUACAUUCAUGCAGAGAUUUAAAGCACCAUCUGCGGAGCUAUGAAGUCCAUGCCAGACCAUAUGACCCGACGUAUCACAGCUGUUGAAGAGCCUUAAGAUUGGCAAAGUAUCAUGGGAGCUGUAAUAUUUGAGUAUACAGCAGGUCAUCUUUGCCUUUAAAAUUCCCAUGUAUGCUGACAAUAUUCCAUGUGCAUUUAAUAAUGGCUUCACCUCUAAUUGCAACUUUUUCUCUCUUGCAGUACCUGUAGUGCCCUCGAUCCUGGAAGUGAUUAUGUAAAGGUAAGGCCACCUUCCUUAUAUUGUGUCUCAAUUACUUCAAUGACUUAACCAUGUAGUAUGCAAGUAUAUGAGCUGGACUAUCAUUAGCUAUGGAGCAGGAACUUACCAUAAAGUUACUAUACCUUUGCAAGCCCUCCCCUUCUUCCCCAGCCCAGACUUUCUGUGCCUGUCCAAUCACGGACUUCCCAGUGGAACUCAGUGAGAAGUCUUUGCAAAGCUGGUGCUCUGGUCAAUUGCUACCUCUUGAGUGUCUCUCCACUGAGCAAACCAAACCAGUAAGUAACAGGGCUGGUUGUCUGACUGACAACUCAGGGGGUGUAACAAUAUUAAAUUAUAGAAGUACCAAUUUUUAUUGAAAUCUGCACUUUUUGUAAAAUGAAAAACAGAGGGCACAGUCUUCACAAAUAACGCUUUUCAGCAAGCUGAAGUGCUUUAGCGGUAUGGAGAGUCCCCUUAAGGCCCACUAGCAGAAUCCUCUUCUUCGACAGCUUCUAAGUCAUCUGUAUGUGUAAAUGAGGUUCAUUACUGCUUGUUUGCAUAUUAAAGUGAUACGGAAUAUGUUGACAUCUAAUAAAAGAGUAGUAUUAGUAACCAUGGCUGCUAUCAUAGCAGAUUCUUUACACAACAGAUAACAGCUAACAUUUGACUAUGGAGGCAGAACUAAUGUCGACAUUGCCUCUGCACUAAUUGGCAAUCAUACCUUAGUGCUGUGAUAAAUAGAACUCUUAAACAUGGCGUUGUCUGCAUAGAACCCAUAUAAUGCUCUUCUGCUGUGUGUGUACAUAGAGUAUGCAUAGAUGGACAGAUAGGAAUGGCUAAUUGCUUUUAGACUAUUCAUCUCAUUAAACUUACAUUGCACUGGAUACUUUUAAUCAGAUUCAGUAAGGCUAACGAUGUACUCUUUCGCAAAGUCAACAUAUAAUAUGUUGAGAAGUAUGUAAUAAACACCUAUUUUCUUUAUAUUUUAUUUUUAUGAGAUUUUUUCAUGGUAUAACAAUUGGACACAUGGAAACAGUACAAGCUUGAGUACAUACAUUGUUGCCUUAUAAUAGAUAGCAUACUGUAUUUGUAGAUACUAAUGAUGACAUCAUGGGGAAAGAUAUUCCAUACAUUUCACAUUGCACUAUGAUAUGCAACACAUUAAAAGGUAUAAAUAGGAGUCUCACUCCAACAUUCAUUUACAUAUUAUAUAAUGUACCAUAUUCCAUGUGAGAUAAUGCACAAGCACAUAGAGCAAGUAAAAUUGCUCCACUUAAAAGAGCAGAUGAUCCAUUUGUAAGAAUAAUAAAAAAAUAAUCAUAAUAGUCGUAGUACAUGUAACACGUUUGCCUUUCUUCCCCCUUUUCUAUUUCCUCUUCCCUUCCCUUCCCUUCUCCUUUUUAUAACAUACAUGCAUUACAUAAUGUAAUACAUAAUGCUCACGGUGCCUAGAGAGAUAUCAGCUAUGCCUCACUGAUGAUGCCUUACAAGGCUGAAACGAUCGUCUGGGGUUGCUGUGUCUCUCGUGCAGAGGGAACUUGCUGGCAUUUCGGAUAUGGACUGCUCGUAUGCGUGGGACCAGUCUGAUAUGUUUCAGAGAUGUUCUCUCUGUAGAUGAGCUAAAACCAGCUUGAGAUCUGAGCGCGGACCCACCGAAGGGCAGGCUAUUUCAACUGCUGCCCAUUCUCCAUAUUCUCAUGUACAUAAAUGAAAAUAAUUACAAAUAAGGCACAACGUUAAACAUACAACAUUAAACAUGUCCCUGCAAUAUGGAUCAAGGGGAGAUAAAAGAGGCAUAGGUUUACUAUGCUGAUAAAAGAUAAAGGUUAUUGGGUAUCAGGUGGCUGAGAUUAUCCGAUGCAGAUAGAACACCUUUAAAUCAUCACAAUUCGGCUAAUCCAGUGCUCAAGUUCCUCUUGAAUCAGUCUAUCUAUGCCCAUUUCCAUUUUGAUCUGAAAUAUGAACUGCUCCCUAACUGUCAGCCAGCACUGUGCUAUGACCGUUUUACAAUCUCUGGCUUGCAGGAAUUUCCAACAUAUAUCCGGAUAGCUGGGGUAAAUCUUUGACAAUCUGCUAGGAACAAAAUACCUAUUUAAAGAUUUUAAAAUGAGUUUCAGUUAAAUUUAAACAAUUAACUUUUUUGUUAACCCAUUUUAAUGAUUCAAUCCAAUCCCUCAAUUCAAUUUCUCCCUUCAAUUCUGAUGUUUAGGUCAUGUUCCCAUUUUUUUUAUCACCGGUCGUAGAAGUGGGUCUUCUUCACUAGUUAACAUCUUUAUAGAGUCCGCUACUAAGCCCCUAAGUCGUGAUUUUUUAGGAGUUUCCUUCAAAAGUAGUAUCUUUGAUGCCUUUUCUGUGCUCAGGUAUUCCUCACGAUAACUCUUUAUUCUAAGAUAUGUUAAAUAUUUCACUCUUCUGGAGGUUAUAAAUUCUAACUAAAGAUGAGAAAUCAUAGAUUUUAUUAUAUUUCAGUAAAUUGUCAAUUUUUAGUAUACCCGCAGAAAACCAAUUCUUUAUAUUUAGGUCUUCUAUAUUAUGCGCAAGAAAGGUGAGAGGGAGUUCAGCAAUAAUUUUAUUCUUGAGAUGACAAUCAACUUUAAACUUAUCCCAAAUCUUAAACAGAUUUUUAAUUAUAAUGCUGUCCAAAGACCCCCCAUCUGGAUGUUUAAUACCCUUCUGAUUCGUCAGCCAAAAGCUGGCCCAUAGCGAAUGUAGUUUUGUGGAUGUAGACAGAAAUGUCUCGAUCCUAUACCAAGCUUCAUUUUUUACCGAUUCUAAUUGGGUGAUAAUGGCAAUAAAUAUCUAACAAGGCAAUUAAAACAUUUUACCAGGGAGGAUACAGUUUGCAUAUUUUUUGCCAUUUAUAAGCAUGUUGUGGUGUACUCUGGUUAAUAUUAUAGUAAAUAUGGGGUUUGCUGUCCAUUUAAGACAAACACAAUGUGUAUUGCUGUUUUUAUUUAGUGUUUGAGCUAUUGCGCUUUAUUUGGUUACUGUUGUUAGAAUAUAGUAUCAUUUAAGGUUUUUUUCUUUAAUACCAUUUAUUCACUUAUUUUACAUUUUGUCACCAUGUUAACCCCUUAAGGACAGAUGACGGAAAUAUUCCGUCAUGAUUCCCUUGUAUUCCAGAAGUUGUGUCCUUAAGGGGUUAAUAUUGCACAACAUAAACGUACUCCCUUUAUGAACCUUGAAGAAGUGAAUCAUUGAGACAUCUCUGAGCGUUAAAGUAAUUUUAAAGUAUAUUAACCAACUGAGCUAUUUAAAGAAAAUGAGAAAUGGUAACGUCAUCAUCUGCCAACCCUCACUGAUAGGACUGUUCAAGGCUAAAAACACGUUUAUAAAAUCAGUGUGUAAAGACGGCUAUAUGUCUUUUUUUUUCAUGGUCCCUGAGGUGCAAGGCCGUCACAAAGUGCCAGCAAUUGUCAAUAAAUUAUCCCACGCAAUUAACUUUAACCAAAACCUGUAACACUGACGUUGUAAAGCAGAAUUUAUCCAACUGGAACGAUUUGUUCUCAGAGUAAGGUCAAUUCCUGAUUUUGAUGCAUCUGUGUCAAAAAUAACUUAUGCUAAUAGUCACUCAAAAUAAACAUUUUCUUUGCUGAAAAUGAAACAGCUGGGUCAAAUCUUGCUCCUACUGCUAAUCAUCCUUAUCAAAUUGGCACCCCCCCUGUCAAUUUCUAAUUCUUCUAGCCAAAACCAAAGCAGCCUAAUUUUUACAAGGUCCAAACAUUCUGGCUCCAAACUAGAAUCAAUGACAUGAACCACAACCCAAACAUCUUUUACAGGAUUUUAAAGUUGGAAUUCUAAAUUUGGUAUUGCACACAAUUGAUUCAAAUUUAGUGCACGGGCUCAGGCUUUUCAGCCCUACUACAGUGCCCUUUUGUAUUUGACUCUGACUUUGUCCAGUCACCUUUUACCAUUGUUCCAGUGUGCCAGUGUUCCUGUGUUGCUUGACUACAAGAUUACUUUGACCUUGUUCCUGAGCUUCUGUGUUCUGGAGUAUUAGCAUAGGCGUGCGCAGCCUAUUGUAUAAGGGUGUGCACCCUAAAGCACAAACACACACGCCGCGUAUAUAUAUAUAUAUACACACAUACAUAUACAUACACAAACACAUACUGCUAUGUGUGUGUGAGGGUGCUGUGUGUAGGUGCUGUGUGUGUGUGAAGGCGCUGUGUGUGUGUGCGGGCACUGUGUGUAAGGGUGCUGUGUGUGAGGGUGCUGUCUGUAUGUAGGCGCUGUGUGUGUAGGCGCUGUAUGAGUGUGUAGGUGCUGUAUGAGUGUGCAGGCGCUGUGUGUGUGUGCAGGCACUGUGUGUGUGUGCAGGCGCUGUGUGUGUGAGGGCGCUGUGUGAUGUAUGUGUGUGUAAGGGUGCUGUUUGUGUGUGGGUGAUGUUCGUGUGUGUAUAUGUAAGGGUGCAGUGUGUGUGAGGGUGCUGUUAGUGUGUGUGGGUGCUGUGUGUGUGAGGGUGCUGUUAGUGUGUGAGGGUGCUGUUAGUGUGUGAGGGUGCUGUAUGUAUAAGGGUGCUGUGUGUGUGAGGGUGCUGUUAGUGUGUGUGGGUGCUGUGUGUGUAAGGGUGAUGUAUGUGUCUGUGUGCUGUUUGUGUGUAAUGUGUGGGGGGGCCUUUUAGUUAAUCUUCUCACCUUAUGUAGGGAGGGGGGACCGUGCUGCUGCCAUCCAUGGGAGGGGGCUAGAGUUCACUCUUGCGAGAUCUGAGCGGUGCCGCGGUAACCGCGGCAACACUCUGACCUCGCAAGAGGAACCCGGCGGAGCUGCUGGCAAGAGCUCCCCGGGUCCUCUCCUGCCUCCCUCCCUGUCUGUGGGUCUGUGAGGGAGAUCUUUGAUGAGGGAGAUCUUUGAUCUCCCUCACCGGCCCACGGAGGGAGGCAGAUAGCAAGUGCAGCGGGGAUUAGGGUGUGCCCAGGCACACCCGGCACACCCCGAGCGCACGCCUAUGAGUAUUAGAUUAGCUCUUAGUAUUUUGUUUUUCUGUGGCUGGUACUUCCACAUUUGAAAUAAGUGUUUCAAAGGUAAUAAAACUUACAUUAUUUACAAUGCAAAUCAAGAAACUGACGCUGGUCCCGCCCCUGCCCCGAUCCGCCUCCUUGCUGACAUCAUCAAAAUUUAUGAUUUUUAACCAAUCCAAUGCUUUCCCAGAGGGAAAGCAUUGAAUUGGACAAAAUCAGCCAGGACGUGGGAUGUGGGAGGGGGCCAAAUGCUGGCUUGGCCAAUCAGCACCUCAUCUUAGAGAUUCGUUGAAUCAAUGCAUCUCUAUGGGGAAAAUUCAAUGUCUCCAUGCACAAUGUGGAGACGCUGAACGGCAAUGCUGCACAGUAUAGUGCACUGUACUAAGUAUUGUACAGUGCACAGUCUAGCAGCCAUCUUAGGAGUGGCCACUGUCCCUAGGGGGCAAUGUAAAACACUGCCUUUUCUCUGAAAAGGCAGUGUUUGCAUGAAAAUGCCUGAAGGGAAUUAUUAUACUCACCAGAACAACUACAUUAAGCUGUAGUUGUUCUGGUGACUAUAGUGUCCCUUUAAGUCCAGUAACUUUGAGGUCCGAUAAUACACUUUCAGUAUUUUGGUUAGGUUGUAGUUUGGACCUUGCUGAAGAAUGCUCAGUACCAUUACUUUCUGCUAGUUAGCACGUUGUAAACAGUGCUGUGAAUGCAAAAGGAAAUUAAGCUUCACUGUUACAUUUGUACCAGCAUGUCUCCAUCAGUGGAUCUUAGCCCAAGGGUCAGGACAAAAAAAUUUGAUUCCUAUGUCAUUUUAAUGGGUCCCCUCUGAUAGGAACAGGUACAUACUAUUCAUAUUGUAAGCUACUAUUUGGAAUCUAAAGGACCACUAAAGUCCAGGCCACAUCAUCUCAAUAAAGUGGUCUGGGUGUAGUGGUCCUGUCAAUUUAUCUAUUCAAGAUAAAACAUUGCCAUUUUUCUGAAACAGCAAUGUUGACCUUGAAGGAUUAAAAAAACCUCUAGUGGCUGUUACACUGUCAGACACUGGAGGUGCUUCCACUGCCCUUACUGAGCAAAACUCGGUUAUGUGACGCAGAAGUGACAGGGAACAUUGAAUGCAUGCGCAAUUCUUGAUUCACACAUGCAUCAAGUCCCCAAUGCUCCUCUAUGAUUGGACCACGCCUGAGCAGGGCAUGCCUCCACCAUUGCAUCACAGGAGGAGGAUAGGUAAGCAGCACCGCGGGAGCCUCAGCGCUGGAAAAAGGGAAGUAAAAACAUUUAUCUAGGGGGGGACACCAAUCUAACUAGGGAUGGGGACACUACAGGUUUGUAUUCCUAACGUUUUAGUGUUCCUUUAAUCUGAUCUUAACUAAUAGGGAAGAAUGGGCGCCUGAGUCAAUAGCUCAGCUACCUAACCUUCACAAGACACAAGUGACAAUAUCACGCCCAAGCGGAGAGGAGAAGGGAGGACACCCAAGAUCUCCCCCCUACACAAUCACACGCCACCUCACCGAGAUCCAGGGUGAAUGAGACCAGACUCAAGGACCAGGGCACCACGCUAGAUAAAGGGGGGCUGACACUACCCAUAGAAGCCUGCCAAACAAGUCCCCCACCCAUCGGGACCAUAAGCCAUCACCCCCAAACUACUAAAUCAACACCACCAGCGGCACAUACAGGGCCGGCGCGUCCAUAAGGCGGCACAGGCGGCCGCCUUAGGGCGCACCGGUUUCGGGGGCGCAAUAUUUCAGUGACCGGCAGGAGGGAAGCUCUCCCUCCUGCCAGGCCACCAUCUCGACCCCCGGCGCGGCGUGCGGCAGUGCUGUGAUCAGGCGCGGCGAGGGAGCUCUAACCUCUCUGCUCUGCUCCCUCGCGCGCUGUCUGCUGAUGCCGCGGGAGCCGGAAUAUGACAUCAUAUUCCGGCUCCCGCGGUAUCAGAAGGCAGCCGCGAGGGAGCAGAGCAGAGAGGUUAGAGCUCCCUCGCCGCGUCUGAUCACAGCACUGCCGCACUGGACCCCAGGGAAUGAUUCAUCAUCCACACCAGCUCUCCAGGUAGGGAGGCUGGGUGGAAAAUGUUUAUUUAUUAAAAUAAUUAGUGAGUGUGUGUAUGUGUGUCUGUUUGUCUGUGAGUGAGUGUGUGAGUGUCUGUGUGUGUAUGUGUGCCUGAGUGACUGUGUGCCUGUGAGUGACUGUCUGUGAUUGAGUGUGUGUCUGUGUGUGAGUGUCUGUGUGUGACUGUGUGUGUGUGUGUCUGUGUGUGAGUGUAUGUGUGCCUGUGUGUCUGUGAGUGACUGUCUGUGAUUGAGUGUGUGUCUGUGUGUGAGUGUCUGUGUGUGACUGUGUGUGUGAGUGUAUGUGUGCCUGAGUGACUGUGUGCCUGUGAGUGACUGUCUGUGAUUGAGUGUGUGUCUGUGUGUGAGUGUCUGUGUGUGAUGUGUGUCCUGAGUGACUGUGUGUCUGUGAGUGACUGUGUGAUUGAGUGUGUGUCUGUGUGUGUCUGUGUGUCUGUGUGUGAGUGCAUGUGUGCCUGAGUGACUGUGUGCCUGUGAGUGACUGUGUGCAUGAGUAUGUGUGUCUGUGAGUGAGUGUGUCUGUGAGUGUAUGUGUGUCUGUGAGUGAUUGUAUGAGUGUGUGUGUGUGUCUGUGAGUGCUUGUAUGAGUACUGCAUGUGAGGGUAUGAGUGUGGCAGUGUAUGUGUGUCUGUCAGUGUGUGUUUGUGAAUGUCUGUCAAAUCAGUGAGAGUAUCUUUGUCAUUGAGUCUGUGUGUGAGUAUCAGUGUGUCUGUCAAUGAAUGAGUGUGUGUCAGAUCAGUGAGUCUGUGUGUUUGUCAUUGAGUGUGUGUGACUGUCAGUGUGUAUACACCACUGAGUGUAGCGUGGCAGAGCGCAGUACAGGAGCUUCUGUUUCCUGUACCCGGCCAGACUGACCGGAGGUGCUCACUGAGAGAGCACUCCCUGUCAGUCUGGCCAGGUACAGAAAAUUGAAGCUCCUGUAGGGGAUAUCCUCCACUCGGCAACGCUACAAGAGAGGUAGGAGGCACACCAGGAAGGGGAGUGCGACCACUAAAGGGGUGGGGGGUGCACCAAGGGACAGGGAGGGGAGGGGAGAGAAACACCAAGGGACAGGAAAAAGAGGGGAGAGCUUAGAAGAACACUAAGGGACAGGGAAGGGAGGGGACCACUAAUGGACGGGGAGAGGGGCUGGUUAAGAGGCACAUAGGUGAAGAUGUUAUUUUGGGGGGGGGGGGGAAGAUACAUCUUCGCCUAUGUACCCAAAAAUCUUUGCACCGGCCCUGGGCACACACACAAGAACACAUCCCCCACACCCACAACCACACAUAGACACACAGAUAUCCCGACUGACCCCAACCCGGAGACAGCCUCGAACCGAGAGAAAUAACACAAGGGUGCCACGACACGGGUUCUGAACACGGACGCUCCUACAAGGCAACCAAUAGAGACGGACUGCUUUACUCCUCUACGAAACCUGACCUAGAUACAUUAUAUAGCACCCUAACAUCGGCUAAGCAAUUCCCUAUGGAAGGCACGCAAUAGCGACCACUAUGCAAUAUAUCGUAAAACAAUAUCACCAUAGUCGCUAUGCCCCAUGAGACCACAUACCCAAUCUGCUUAAGAAAGGUAUAUUACAAAAAAUGCCGGCCUCAAAAAUCACAGGGAUCAUAUUUUAUAAGCCUCUGCGUAGGCUAAUGUUGCAAAGCUACUGAUGAAACAACCCCGCAUUUCAAACCAUCUACCAAAUAUACAACACUACCCCUGCGUGGGUAAACUGUUCUCUAUCAGAGGUUAUGAAUUGCCCACCGUUACCCAGGUCGGAACUACCACGAAAUAUGUAAUAAGCCUUACUCUUGUUUGUUUGAUGUACUAUGCCUCUGUGUAGGCAACAAUGCACCCUCUUUUCAAACCUGUUACAUGUCUGCUAACAUUUUGCAUACGAAAUAAAGGACAAGCUGUGAAAAAAAGAAAAAAAAAAGAAUAGCUCAGCUAAAGAAUGGAUUUAACUAAAGGCCAUAUUCAAAAUUAGUUUCUUCUCUAUUAAUAUUAAUAAUAAUAAUACUUCUCAUGGAUUUGUUUGGUGGAGAGAAUAGAGCAAUGCUUCUUUCUUUUUUUUUUUUUUUUACAUUUCACAUUUUAAAGGUUUUGUUUUGCAAAAUCAUUGAACUGCACAUUGAUCCAAGGAGAAAUAUAAUUGCCAUUUGGAAAUCAAAGAGAAUUGUAUUCCCCUGAUGGUGUCAGAAAUGGAAAUCUGAAUAGAUGGCUGUUGCAACAAACCUAUAGCUUUAGGUUAGUUUCCUUUUAAAAGAAGGCUUCUGUCCUCUUAGGAACCAUCAUUGUCAAAUGUGUCAUUUUAAAUAAAGGCAAAAUAAAUUUUAACGAAUAAAUAUUUUGUUAGCUAAAAAGGCUUCCUCCAUGUUAAAUAUAGGAUCCAUAUUUUACGGUUACAUCUAGAGUCUGAGUGGCUUCCAUUUCCAGCUAUAGUCAUUCCUUUAAAUGACCACUCUAUGCGUGUUCUUAUGAGUAAACGGCCUAAUAUAAACCAUUCUCUAAGUGGUUUUACGGCAAGCAGAAGUGAACAUUAAACAAGGGCCUUUUGUGCUUAGACUUGUAAAUAAGUGUCACCCCUCCAGUUGAGGGGAUUCUGUCCCUUAUUUUUCGACCUGCACCCCAUAUCCCUGUCCCUCUUGUUACUGAUUUUAAAUUGGCAAGUUGCCAGUUUGCUGAACGUCUGUCCUUUCCCUUGGCAUGGGCUGACUCCCAUGUCUAGUAGCACGCUAUCAUUCACAUCCAUAUAUUAGUGAUGACAUUUAAGUUUGGGAUUGGGGGCGAUGGUCAUAUAGAGAUACUUCAUGGAGGCCCCCUUUACCUUUGAAUGGGCAGGUCCCUUUGUCCAGUACGCCAUCAUUCACAAUUUCACAUCCCUCUGUUAGUGAUGCAAUUUUUGUUAGAGAGAAAAUGUAUAGUGAUACUUCAUGGAGGCCCCCUCUACCUUUGAAUGGGCAGGUCCCCAUGUCUAGUACUCCAUCAUUCACAGAAAGAAUUCACAUGCAAAUUCUCACCUUCAUUUGUGUUGAAUACAUUAUUUUAGUUCUUAAUAUUCCUGUUAAGUUAUUGAACCUAAAUAAAUAGUAUAAAAUAGUGCAGUAUUGCCUGUAGCGAGAAGAAUUUUUACUUGAUGAUUUUUAUUAAUAAUAUUUAAAAUUUAACUUUUUCCAUUUUGAAUACUGGAUUGUUUUUCUUUGUUUGUUUUUUAAAUUAAGAUUCCAGUUUCCCUGUGGAGUUGUUUGUUUUUACCCCAAAAGAACGUUUGUAUUUAAACCUGCCAUAUUCAUGUAAAGACUAAAUCCACCUGUAUAGAGGUACGCAUGAAGUACAGAGAAAGUACACUUAACCCUGUGUGCAGUUAUAUUGGUAUUUUUAGGCUUUUACGGUUAAAGUGAAUUUCAGAAGCAAGAUUGCCAUAUAUAUCCUCGCCACAAACACACUAUCUAAAGAUGGAAGGUAAUGCAUGCCAAAUAUGCUCAGACCCUUGUAUUGCAACACCUGGAACACCCACCAUAUAGCUCCACUUGUUAUGCUAACCUUUAGUAUUAACCCUACCUCCCACCUUGCAUAGCCUAGCACUAAGGACCCCUCAUUCAUACACAUGCUUAAUAUCCCUCCGUUCCUGCCUAAAUGCAAGCAUAGGGGGAGGUGUAAGGCUAGAGAGGCAGAGAGGGAAUUGGGAGAUUGGUGUAGGGAGGGGUGGAAUGGGUGGGUGGAGGCUGGGUGGGUGAUAGGAAUAAGGCUUUAGCUAUGGCUGAUUUUCUGUGAGUAACUGGACUCCUCCCAUGAUGUUCUCUUGACAAGGGAUGAGGUAAUGCAAGUAGCAUCAGCCUGCAAUUUAACAGCAGCAUCAGCACCAGUAGUCAGCAUCUUCUGAACAGGCUGCUACAGUGCCUUAUCUCGCUCUGUGCUGGGUAGACAAGGCUGUCUAAGGCAAGAGGGGAAAGUGAAAAGACUCUCUCUCCUUUUACCUUAUUUUUUAUUUUUCCCCUGGAAGUGGAUGGAGGAUACCUUUAUACAAUGACUGAAAGGUGCAGUUUGUGGAGUGCCCUCUCAGCGGCCGCAUGCUGCUUUUACCGCGGCUCGUUUAUGCAGGUGCAGGUAAGCUGCAGUGUACAGGAGGCAUGGUUAGAAUGGACUAUACAUACUAUCAGCAGUAUACAAUGUAUCUGUUAGUAACCCAUGCAACACCUGAGAUUAACCCACACAGGUCUAGAUGAAUUGCUAACUCAAGUUCUCUGACUAUACAUAGGUUAAACCUAACCCUUGUCUUAUGACCAUCACUAUUAAGAACCUCAGAGAAGCUGACACUGUAGUGGGUUUUGGUACCAGAUUUGUUUUUAAUAUACGCUGAUAAUAUUUUGUAAGUGGUCCCCAAUAUUUAACAGAUUUUGUGUGAGAUAUUUCUAAGUAUUCUGUGUUGAAGUAGUAAGAGAUUUUUACAUUUUAUUUACACGCAAUACUAAUAUUCCAGUGUUCCAGAUGACCUAGACCGGUACCUGUCUGUUACCUGCUUGUUACCUGGUAGAUGAUCAACAGAAUCUCAACAGAGCUUCCUCCAUCACCCUUUGCCACCCCAGUUCUUUUAAGCUUGUUUCCCUUGAUUCUUAGCUGUUUGAAUGGUUGGCUGGGGAUCAUAGGAAACUCUCCACCACAGCUGGAGCACCAAAGGUUAGCUGUCACUGAUCUGCGGUAAUGCUUUGGUUUGGGUACUGGGUAAAUAUUGACCAUGCUGAGGUCAGCUCGCCUCGCCUUGAGCACGCUGACCAUGAGUUUUUUUUUAAACCCAGCCUGUGUAAUGCUUAACACAUGCAUUUCUGUAUGUACAACGGGGCAUCUGUGCACCAUAACCACUGAUUCUGGAUUGAGGUUCCAGUUGUAACUCUGCAGAUGGGGUCAUAAAAUUGUCUCCUCUGCAGAGUGCUUUAACACAGGGUGGCUAGUGGAGUGGAUGGACCCAUCGCAUGGCCACUUCUGUUUUCUAUCUUACAUGAGCAAUUGCCAUUCACUAGCAAGUGGCUUUUGUACUGGUAAACCCAUUUAUGCCACACAAUGCUGGUCCUCUUGGCAGCAAGAUGAUCCAUCUGCUUGGCAAGAGGCCCUCUUCCAUGUGCUUGUAACAAGAGUUGUAGGUUUUGAGCGCUGUUGAAAGAGGAUGUGACUUGGGGUAGAAUGGAUUACUGGCAUAGCUUAGACACUAAUAUCUGUGAAAUUGCAUGCUUUGUAAGGGUAAGUGCUUAUAUUUGUGUGUACGUCAUUGGUCAUUAUUUGAGAGCUGGUCAUUAUAAAUAGAACAAUUGCAAAAAAAAGGAAAUAUAUUUGCAUUAUAUAUUAUAUAGUCUUGUUGAUUUCAUAUCUAUUGCAUUAAACAUGCCACAUGUAAUCUGUAGGAAAGACAUUUGCUGCCCUCUGGUACCUUAAUGGUUACUGAGGAAGGAUGGGUGAUGAAGAUAUAUAUGAAUGACUGGGUGUUGCUCCGGUGACGGCAACAUCUCUGCACCUCUACCAAUAGAAACCUACCUAGCUCUGGGAGACAUGACAUCAUUUUUAGCCAAUAGCAGCUGAGGAAUAAGAUGCAGCAUCUGAACAGGGGGAGAACCUUAGAACCCCAGAAUAAAAACGCCAGUAUCUUACAUCAUUAGAAUCAGUAGCAGCAAUAGGGGAGGGGGGUAUAGGAUGCAAAUCGUUAAACCUGGUCUAGCUUAUUAAAUUUUUUUUUAAAUUCCUGCUGAAGUACGGGUUAAUAAAUGGCAGAGUCGGUGAUCGAUGAAAGAGUUAAACGAAAACAGGAUUAUGUCAUCUGUUUGUUGUGUGUACAUUGUCCAGCAGGGUGUGAAAUUUUACAAUGAGAACCCUGCUCACAGGCUGCGCUCCCCCAUGACAUGAGCUUUUGCCCUUAGGCCUGGCAAGGCAGUAAAGUGGCAUUUAGUGUGAAAUGAAACAGAAAAAUCAGGUUUCAGGCAAUUUUCAGAUUUAUCCCAAGCGAUAUUGUUUUCUUAUCAAUGACACUUUAAUAAAUUAGUUUGAUGAAAAACCUAUAAAUAUAUAUAAAUUUAAUCCAAAAAUAUUUUUGUCAAAAUGUAUAGUUUGUUAGUUUGAGUAAACGGGAAGGGAUCAUACCAAACCUAGGCCAGAUUCUAUUAGAUGGUAUAAGCCUUGUAAUCUCUUGUAAUUGAGAAUUUUAUAUGUGAAAAGAAUGCUAUUCAUUUGCACCAGAUAAGCUUAUUUUAUCUAAUAGAAUCUAGACCACAAGAAGCUUUACUGUGUGCAAUUCUGCAUACCACUUUUUAAUUUGUCGUCUGUAAUUUUCAAGGUUAUUAGUCAAUGCAAUUUGCACAUUUAACAAAGUAUUCUGUUAAUUUGCAUGAUUGGUGGUUAUUGGCAGACAGGUUUAUCUAAAUUUAUACUACUGCUAAAGCUUUGUAAAAAUGUCAAGAUUCUAAACUAAGAUUCUAUAGCGAUGGACUAUAUAAACCCACUAGUAAUCCAAGCCCAGACAUGUACAUAUUCCCAGCCUCUUGUGCACAAAUACUUUUAACAGUACUGUGAGUGAACAUCGUACAUGAUCUUUGGCCCACUUUUACCAUGGUCAGUGGAAAUGCAUAGAAAUUUGUUAUUUUUGUAGGAUGUUUGACAAGUCAGUAGCUAGGGGCCUAGAGAUCUAGAAACAUACUGUAUUAAGUCCUGGAGAAUAAUCUGAUUCAUUUUGUUACUAUACGCAGGCUUGGAAAAUUUUCCUAAACUUUUCCAGCGUGAAAAAAAAGCUACAAAACAAGGUUGUUCCACCCAGAGGCCUGGUUGUUGUAAACAGUAUAAUCAAAGCUGGAAGUGCACUCAGCUCCUCACUAGGGAAUCCAGUGUGCUCUUGAAAAAGUCCCAGUACCCAAAAGGACCAAGCGGAUAAAUUUGUAGAAAAUAAUCAAUAAUCAAGCUUGAAAAAAGCCCUGUUGGGGCUGAAAUGUUGCUUUGUAGUUCCUGGUCCAAAUAAAUUGCCUUAAGAAUUGGAAACUAUUGGAGUGCCUUGAUUAUUUUCUACAAAUUUAUCCGCUUGGUCCUUUUGGGUACUGGGACUUUUUCAAGAGUACACUGGAUUCCCUAGUGAGGAGCUGAGUGUACUUCCAGCUUUGAUUAUACUGUUUACAAGAACCAGGCCUCUGGGUGGAACAACCUUGUUUUGUAGCUUUUUUUUCACGCUGGAAAAGUUUAGGAAAAUUUUCCAAGCCUGCGUGUAGUAACAAAAUGAAUCAGAUUAUUCUCCAGGACUUAAAAAGCUUUUUUCAAGCUUGAAAAAAGCCCUGUUGGGGCUGAAAUGUUGCUUUGUAGUUCCUGGUCCAAAUAAAUUGCCUUAAGAAUUGGAAACUAUUGGAGUGCCUUGAUUAUUUUCUACAAAUUGGUUCUUGUAAACAUUGACAGGGUUAUUCGCAGAAAUUUGAAUUGUGGGGAUUUUAAAGUGGCUAUUGUGGUAGUGCGCUUUGUUACCAGAUUGACAACUUUGGCGUAAAGUUUUUAAUUACUGAAAAUACACAGUUUAGUAAAUAACUGUGCUAAAAAAUUACUCCAUUAAAUAAUUCUUGACUGGCACAGCUGGGCAUCCGUAGACCUUCCUUCAAGUUAGACCACACACUCAUGCCAUGCUUGUGGAACUCAUCGAUUUGGAAUUGAGUACCUUAGACAAUGUUGUAUCUGAAAAAAAUUGUUGGUUCUCAGCUAGACUCUUGUUACAGGCCAGAAUAUCUCUGUGUUUCCAACCCUUCCCUAAAGCAGAUAUUUUAUUCUCUAGCUGUUAAUCGGCUAGCCAAAAAAAUCAAUGUAUGGACCUUGGAUGGUUUUGUGGUAACAACCAACCAUGGAAGGGGAAGUCUCACUGUCAGACGGUAGUGAAGACAUAGUGCUUGAAUAAGCAUAGGUUGGCAUGGAAACAGCAUCUACUUAAACCUUUUUUCCCCUCUAGGGAAUAUUUAGGCUGAUGUCCCCUCCAGUAAUUAGACCACCUCCCUUUCUCGGCUCCUACUGAAAGCAAGGCCACACAAACAGAAAUAUAAUUCUGGGGUUUGCUAAACUUUCUUGUUGUGUUAAGUUACAGUAUUAUAAUCUUGAUAAUUAUUAUGUUGGAGUUUUUUUUAGUGGGGUGAUUAUAUUUCUUUUUUUUAUGGGAGCUGGUGAGAAUGAAAGAACAGCAGCAGAGAUUCGAUGGACAAAUAUGCUAAGUACUUAUGUGUACACAGCUGUGUUACAGGGACCUCAUCAUUAAUUCUGAAAAUCACAAUCUAAUACGUUCAUAUAAGUUGACAAGCAAUUAAAAAAAAAAAAAAUAUAUAUAUAUAUAUAUUUAAUUUAUAGGUUAUACAGCUAAUUGGUAAUUGUAUGCUCGUUAAUUGCAAAUUAUACACGAAAAUAAUUGAACUGAAGGGGAAAAAUUAUUGAAUAUAUUUCCAGUUUAGCAAUUUUAAACUAAAAUUAGCAAUUUGCUUGUCAAUUCUCCACAAUUCCCAGUAAAGUGAAUAAUCCUGAUAUUUAUGCUUUGGGUGUUUUUUUGUUAGAGUUUUUUUUUUCUUCUUAUAAUGACAAAAAAACAAACAAAAAAAAAUUAUUAUUGUGUUUUUGUUUUGUUUUUUUAUGCUUAUCUCAAAGAGGGUUAAUGCAACCUGUCAGCAGUCAGGGCAAUUAGCCUGCUGAAAUAGGCCAAGUGCCAUUCUGAUCAUUACCAUUCUGUUUCUAUAGCACAAUUUGAGGAAAAUAGAAUGUGGAACAGUAGGGAGAAAGAAGCUGCAAAGAGCAUGCCUUCUAAUUGUAUGGGUGAGCACAGCUUCUAGAAUUGUACUGUUGGGAUCCCACUGACUCAAAGCAUUACAUCAUUGCUCUUACAGUGUGGUGUGCAAGACGAGAAGGGGGGGCUCUGAGGGAUGGGUGAUCGGCUCAGGUGUUUCCACGUCCAUGAAAUCUCAUUACAAUGCAGACGAUGGCUCUAAACCGUCUGUAUUAUUCAAGAUCCCUGUCCGGCUUUGAUACGAUUUUGUGCAGAAGGGGAUUAUCUCAUGCUGCAGUGAAAACGGGGGGGAUUCUAAGACCGGACACCUGGAGCGAGGAGGCAGAAUGUUUUUUUUGGUGUAGUGCUUAACCCUAUUCAAUGCUAGAGAAGUCUAUCGACACGGUAGAAACCUCAAGGUCCUCCUCUGUCUCCAUACAUGAGGUCAAACCCUCAGACAGAUUUAAACUGCUAAAUCUGAUCCUGUUAAAUGGAGACUAGACAGAGACUUGGGGGGAAAAAUAUGAAUUAACUAAAGGAUGGAGGGGAAGAUGAUGUGUCUGUCUGAAGCCAAUGCAGUAGGCAAAAAGAAAAAUGCAUGAGGUUAGCUUUCAGUCAGUUGGUACAAAGAAUCACAAAGAGACAUUGAAAACAUCAGUGUAGCCGCCCAAAGCUUUAUACGGUGAAACAUUGUAUUAAAGCACUUUCAAUCCCUGUUGUAUUAUAAUGUCUGCUAUGCUUAGAUGGUAGUCAUGGCACACAAAAGGCAUGCAGUGCGUCUUCAUUCAUACCUACCGCAAAGUCAUUCUGUUAUGUGUUGUUCUCAGGUUGCUAUAGAAACAGUAUUUCAUGUUAUUCUAGAAUAGGGGUGCGCAAAAGGUAGAUCCCCAGAUGUUUCAAAACUACAACUUCCAUAAUGCUUUGUCAUUCUAAAGGCACACAAAGCAUCAUGGGAUUUGUAGUUCUACAACAUCUGGGGAUCUACCUUUUGGGCACCCCUGUUCUAGAAUCAUCGGGUUUGCCAAAUGUAGAAAUUAUUUAUAUUUAAUUCCCCGUCACCCAUUGAUGGAUGAGUGGGCUAUGAUCAAGCCAGUGAUGUUAGAAAUAACCCCAGUAUAUAUUGUAAGGAUGUCUAUCACCUUGAUCGUGCAGCUACUUUCCCUGUAGUCCGGCUUGGUAAUUGAACUCCUUUAUCAAGCAUAGAAUUUGUCUUCGAGGAAUAUUACCCUGGAUUUACAGUAUUGGGCAUCAAAGGAUUACAAACCAGUUUCAGUCUCAAAUCUUGUGCAACAUUGUAAUUUAGGAGAACCGCAAAAAAUAAAAACCAAACAAGCAACUAAACAAUGCUGGUUUUAUAAAGCGCAAUUUUAAGAUAGAGUUGUACUAAUGGUGGAAUCACCAUGGUAACCAAUGGAAUGUUCCUGCUGACUGAUUCACUUUUAUAACUUUGCCCCAGAACACUCAAUAUGUUAAAUGGAUGGUGUAUCAUAUGUUAUAUGUCUGUAUGUUAGCAUUUUGACUGCGUAAGUACUUAGAAUCCUGUGGUACUCAGCUUUUAGAAUGUGUUUGGAUGUUGCUGUGACCAUAAAAGCAUCAAAAUUUAUAAAUAGACUCAAUUAUAGAUCAAGGUGCAAUACUGUGAACACAAAAUAGGAGAUCCAUUCUUGAAUCUAACUGAUACCUCCAUUACUCCAUUACUCCAUUACUAUGCAGGGAAAGUCUUAGUCAGGUGACUAUUACUUUUUAAACGUGAACCACUACAUUGCUCAAAAAGUAACCACUGGAGCUUAUUACUGCGUCUGAACUUGUUCUGGAUAUUCUUCUAACAUAUAAAGCAUAAAAUAACUAGAUGUUACAGCUUUUUGUUUCCAUUAUGUUUGUUUGUGAAAAUGUAUUUGUGAUGUUUGUUAAUUUUGUGAUUAUCACCUUCCAGUUCUCGAAGGAGAAAUAUAUUUUGGAUACUCCGCCUGAGAAGUUACACAAAGAACUAGAGGAGGAAUUAAAGCUCAACAGUUCAGAUUUACGCAGCCACGCCUGGUACCACGGACGCAUUCCACGGGAGGUAAGUUGGGGAUGGAGACAUGGAAUCACAAUGUUGUUGUGAUGUUGUUUGAGUCAAAGUUACACUGCAGUGGCCGACGAGUUAUUAACAAUAGCUGUAGAAACAUUCAAUUCAUCUUCAGUUGACAUUACAAAGUCACAGACAUGAUGGACCAUUAAUAAUCCAAUGAGUAAAACCUAUCCAAUUUGUAUGUUAAUCUGGUGUAUACAUGUGUGUGCGAUUCUAGUCCCAUGUUCUUGCACUCACUAGAGACUGUUGAUUUGAGAAGGUCUCUGUCACAGACUAGAGAUGGUAGAUUUGAGAAGGUCUCUGUCACAGACUAGAGACUGUUGAUUUGAGAAGGUCUCUGUCACAGACUAGAGACUGUUGAUUUGAGAAGGUCUCUGUCACAAACUAGAGAUGGUUGAUUUGAGAAGGUCUCUGUCACAGACUAGAGACUGUUGAUUUGAGAAGGUCUCUGUCACAGACUAGAGAUGGUUGAUUUGAGAAGGUCUCUGUCACAGACUGGAGACGGUAGAUUUGAGAAGGUCUCUGUCGCAAACUAGAGAUGGUUGAUUUGAGAAGGUCUCUGUCACAGACUAGAGAUGAUUGAUUUGAGAAGGUCUCUGUAUAAGAUUCUUCUUCUACAUAUUAAGGCUUACGGAACCACUUUUCAUGCCUCUGUUUUACUCAGUCUUUUUUUAGAUUGUAACUUUGAAUAUCUUCAACCAGAUUAUGAUUGAGAUGUAAUCCAACAAACUCCAGACAAUGGAUCACUUUUGUUUCAUUUAGCUUCACAAAAGCACACAUAGUGAACAAAAACCUCUUGUAAGUUACGAUAACUGUAUUUCUUUGUAUUUUUCACUAGAUAUUUUGCAUACACUGAAUGAAAUAGCGAUAAGCAAGCAAGUCCAGUACAAAGCAUUUAAAACACAUGGCCACCAUUAAAGAGGUAUAGGUGGCUCUCCAGUAAGGAGUUGUGUAAGGAGGGCAAAGGCCAGGUCUUUCGUUAUGUGCUGUGGUGUGCCCACAAAUUUUGCAGAGGUCUAAGAAACAACACUACUUACAUUAGAUACCUUGACAACAGCAUCACAUGAGAAAUACAAUUGGGAAGAUUAAUUAAAGUGUUGAGUUCCAAAAAUUGUGAAGGUGGAGUAAUCAAAGUGACUAGUGGAAUGUGCCUUCUUAUUAAAUUGGUUCCCAUUGUGGUUGUUCCACUUUUAGAACUUUGGGUCACUUUUCAGAAUAUGACACUCUAAUAUAUCUCCUCCAGUAUGCCAACUAAACCUGCUGAGGGACACAUUUGGUGCUAAUGUCUGGACAACUUUCUCAAUAAGCUUUCAUUACUGCAGGGAAUGUGGAGUGCUGCAAUUCUCAUGUUUCUAAAUGCAAGAUUUCUAUGGAAUGAGAAAGCCUCCUAUGGAUAUGGGGGGUGCAUUAAUAGUGUGUUAUAAUAAAGCACAGUAUCUUUUAAGGGUUUUACCUGGGAAGGAAAUGUAGCAUGGGGGCCAACAAUAAGGAAUGGGGGUUUCAGGAAAUAAGGGCCGAACAGAACAGAUGUGGUCUUAAAAUAACGAAGUGCUGAGGAAAGUAAAAAGACACUAAAAGGACAACAGGCAGUGCUGAGAAGAUGAAGCAUUUACCAUCCAUCUUGAUGCCCAGUGUAAUUUAUUUAGAUAAACCAUUUGAUUUUGAUAUUAAUAAUUAUCCUAUUUCCUUAGGUAUCAGAGAGUUUGGUCUUAAAAAAUGGAGACUUCCUCAUCCGGGAUUCGCUGACAAGUCUGGGUGACUAUGUUUUGACCAGCCGCUGGAAAAAUGAGCCCCUGCAUUUCAAGAUCAACAAGGUGAUGGUAAAGACCAGUGAUGGCUACACACGGAUACAGUAUCUGUUUGAGCAGGAGAGCUUCGAUAACAUUCCCUCCUUGGUGCGCUUCUAUGUGGGAAGCCGACGGGCAGUGUCAGAACAAAGCGGUGCCCUUAUCUAUUGCCCAAUCAACCGGACGUUUCCACUGCGAUAUCUGGAAGCCAGUUAUGGACUCGCUCCUUCUAGGCACGGAGGGUCUCACAGCCCCCAAAAAGGACACAUGAAAAGAAGGAGCAUCACAAUGACAGAUGGGCUGACCGCAGACAAAAUUACCAAAGGCAACGGUUGUCCAAACAGGUACAAAUAACUAGAACAUUCUUAGACCUUUAAUAUUCACAAAACACUCUCUCUAAAACUUGAGUCAAACUUUUGAGAAGUAAAUAGUUCAGAAGGAGCCAAGCUCAGUCAAUGGAGCACAACCAAAGCUCGGGUAUCAAUCUAUUUAACCCUUUAAGCGUAUGGCAGCUAGCAAAGCACUUCUGCUAUUUAUUUAAAAGCUUUUCCCUUUUCUACUAUCGGUGAUUGAAUACUGGUUUAAAGUGUUCUUGGAUAGAGUUUGUUAAAUCUGUAUAUUUCUCCUAGGAGAUUUUUCUGGCCUCUUGCCAUCUUUACAGGGUAGCAGGGAAGGAAAACAAUUAGCUCCGGGGAUGUUUAAAUUGUAUUUAAUAUUUUCUAAUUUAUCACACGCAAUUUCACAUUUAACCACAGGAGGUAUCAGGAAUAAUUUGACGAAAAGUCAUUUGGCAGAGAUUCUAUUCUUACUAUGUCGUUAUCCCCUCUGUGUAGUCCCAGCGCUUCCACGUUUUAUGGCUUGGUCAUUGUAUGUUUUUCAUAUAUAUUAAAGUAGUCUUAAGGAAUGUGGCUACUUUUAAAAGCUAUUGACCAGCCUUAUCAAGUGGCCUGCAAUUUACCAAUUGUCUCUUCUAGAAACAAGAUAGUGUUUUAUCAUACAUCUUUCUAAAUGCAAAGGGGAAGGAUUGUAUAUUUUGGACUUCUAUAUAAGAUAUGGACAAUGUUUAUUUUUUGUUUUUCAGCAUUUCCUCCCCACAUCACAGAGAUAUUGUCAGAAGUUGUGCUGUCAGUGUGGACCAAAUCCAGGACCUGCACGCUCCCAUGUCUCCAAUCGCUGAGACACCUGGAUCCCCUGCAUAUAGUACAGGUAUGUGCGAUGCUUGGUUAUACUCACUAGUGUUCAGUUAAUGUUCAUUGAAUGUUAUCAUAUAAGAACCUGAUAAUUGCUAGCUCAUGCAGUAAGUGAUAUUAAAAUGCGUACACAUGGGAAUUUGGGGAAUGUGUCUUUUAGGGGUUAAUUAUGUAGCAUUUCUAUUAAGCCAGUGACUGUGUCUACUUUCCUCUGUUUUUUUUGUGAAUACAUCCCUAAGCAGUAUCUGUGUUUGCAGGUGACUAAAAUAUUUUUUUCUCUUUUUUUGGAAAAUCUGUAGUGCAUGUUGAUUACACUUUAAAUUAAUGUGCUGCUUUUAUCUUUGUACAGUUGUCCGAGUAAAGCCCCAUUGUGUCACUCCUGCUUCUCCAGUUUUGAGAAGAUCCAGCGAACCCUAUGUUUGCCCUGCAAAUAACAAAGCUGCACUAAACAUGGCUGACAGCUCCCAUUCUACGCCAAGUCACGGAUACCCACACAUCUCUCCUUCACCCUCCAUGAACAGUUACACAGAUCCGGAUAAUGGGCACUAUUGCCAGCUUCGCCCAGCCUCACCCUCCCAUGACUCUCCUAACAAAUCUCUUCCUCCCAAGAGCUAUGUGGAAAGGUUAAAAGUUGACGAGGGGGUCAGGAUUGUGGGCAGCCGUGGAGUGGAAGAUGCAGAAAGAGACAGGGGAAAUUUCACUAUCCCCAACAUGGAACCCAAAUCUUCAUUCAACCCAUCGACUUUCAAGUCCACUCUUAUCCCUUUGGACAACAAACCACUGGAGAUGUGCAUCCUUAAAAAAGUCAAGGAGCUCUUUUCCGAGGUGGAUGCCAAAACCAUCGCCAAGCACAUUACCAAAACUGACUGUGAGGUAAGAGAAUGAGCUCUGGGACAAUAAGAUACAGGGAGGAGUUCUGGCUGCUAGGAUUCAUGAGCAGUUAGUCGCAAAACAUUAAAUGUGCGACCCACCACCUCCGUGAUAAAUGUUUAAAGGACCACUCUAGGCACCCAGACCACUUCAGCUUAAUGAAGUGGUCUGGGUGCCUGGUCCAGCUAGGGUUAACCCAUUUUUUCAUAAACAUAGCAGUUUCAGAGAAACUGCUAUGUUUAUGAAUGGGUUAAGCCUUCCCCUAUUUCCUCUAGUGGCUGUCUCAUUGACAGCCACUAGAGGCGCUUGCGUGCUUCUCACUGUGAUUUUCACAGUGAGAGCACGCCAGCGUCCAUAAGAAAGCAUUAUGAAUGCUUUCCUAUGUGACCGCUGAAUCUGGCAGCGCGCUCUUGGCGCGUGCGCAUUCAGCCGACGGGGAGGAGAAGAGGAGGUCGGAGGAGGAGAGCUGCACCAGGCGGCUGGAAAAAGGUAAGUUUUAACCCCUUUCCCCCUUCCAGAGCCGGGCGGGAGGGGGUCCCUGAGGGUGGGGGCACCCUCAGGGCACUAUAGUGCCAGGAAAACGAGUAUGUUUUCCUGGCACUAUAGUGGUCCUUUAAAUAUCACACAAUGCUCCCCUUAUUGAACAGGCCAAAGACUUUGUCACACUGUAAGACAUCAUGCAUUAAUUAUAUGUUAGAAAUGGUAGACUAAUAUAUGAUUCAUCUUUGUGCCAAAUUAGAUGUUUUAGUAAUUAGAUCAAAGUAUCUUUGCUAUACGCUUAUUUAACCCUGUAAGGGCUAGAUAGUAUGUACAACUCUAUACAAGCCUGCUAUUUUUAAAGAAGAAAGGCACUCCAUAAUGACAUAAGGUUUUCAGGACACAAUUGUGAUGACAGCAAAAUAUAACAUUUUUGAAUUUUAGGGCAAAUACAGCCACUAUGUCAUUACUUUAAUUUUUGGGAAGGGUAGAACACAAUGGAUAGAAUUGUUCUUGAGAGCAGGUGAGUUAUUUAUAGGCGGGGUGAUUUCAUAUUGACAAGCAGGGGUAGAAAUCACACUUGACUGGUUAAGGAUUUGCCUUUAGGGUAGAGCAGGAUUGAUUUUCCUGUUAGGCAGAAUGCACACAUGUCAGAGGGCACAGGAAAGACACUGCAUGGAUAACCACUAGAUAAUAUGGCAAAAAAAAAAAAAGUCAAUAUAAAAGUCAAUAUUGAUGCUGAAGACCUACCUGUUUACAGAUAUUAUGGCAGGCUGAGCGUGUUAGGUGCCGGAGUGCUUUAGUCUUACAGAGUUAUGUUUAUAGAUUAGGGGUACACUGCUAUACAAAGACUAAGGUAUAUAUAAAAAAUAUAUAGAGAGCCCUGCAAUCAACUUCCCAGGAUCCUCAGCUGCCCGGUGCUUGGAAUUACACUAAUUAACUAAAGUGGAGAAAUAUCCAGCAUUCCAGGGUUUAUUCUAUCAGUGUAAAAAAACAAAAGUCAACGUUUCCGUUCUGCUAACACAACACUAGUUAAAUUAAAGCAAUCAUAUUUUGGAUUACAAUACCCUGAGUGAGCCUCUCUUUGGAAUUUGUCAUUUUUGGCUGGAAGUUAGAGUAUCCGGGAAAGGAAAUGUAUAUAAACUGUGUUCUCGGCUCUUGCUUCUAUAUAUAUAAUCUUUUUACUUAAUGCAUCUGUGUAAAAACAUUUGGUUAAUUUAGUAAUGAGUGUAGGCACUGGUGUACCUUCAGUUAUAAUUCUGACGGUAAUUUGUCAGGGUGUCAAAUCCCCCUUUUUGCAUGAUGUCAGGACAAAACCUUACUGAAAAGCUGAGUGUUCCCAAAAUCUAAGAAGACUAUUCAGCUCUAAGCCUAUGACCUUAACCACUUUGCAGUCUUUGAGUCGCUGUUCAAUUUCUUUACUCAGUAGGUACAAGGGAUGGGGGCGCAUCUGUAACUCUUAGAAAAUACACAAAACAUGCUGACAUGCUAUAUUCAUACAUUCAACAUCCAGCGAUGUCCCCACAGCCCUAGCAAUCCUCCUGGCAGCAGAACCAAUCUACUUAGUGUCUCGUCACUGUGCAUUAUGUAGCUGGGACCGAUCAUUGUGUGAUUAGAGUACACAGAUGCCUGCUUUUUGAAUGGGUAGGAGUUAUAGUGAAAAUUGGCAGCCUCUGGAGUUUAAUCCAGUGCUGAUUAAUAGUUCGCAGUUUUAUUCUGUGGGGCUCAACAACAUAUAUAGUCACAGGAUAGUGACUAUUGUACAUAGAACACUUCAGCUUUUAAACUCCGUUUAUCACAACCGUGCUUAUCUAGGAGGGCUCUAGCUAACCCAUUUAAUGACAUCAAUAUAUUUUUAGUAACUCCAGUGAUGUCAUGAUGAUGUCAUGUUCUACUUUUGCCAGUACUUCUCGGAAAAAAACAGUGACUGUUUUUCUCCCAGCAGGCCAGCAAUUUUUUUUUUUUGGACAGGAAAGUUUUUAAAAUGUCAUUGACGUGUUGAUUAGAUUCCCCUUGGGGCCCUCUUUCCUCAUUGUCAGACUGUAAUCUAUUUCCAAUUAGGAGACAUUAAUCUCUACUUCUGCAUCAUUCCCAGGUUGCCAGGAUACUCGGAGUUACCAAGGAGAUGCAGAGGACCAUGGGGGUGAGCUCCGGCAUGGAGCUACUCACAUUGCCUCAUGGCCGCCAACUGCGACUCGACCUUCUGGAAAGGUAUGUGAAAAGUAGCUCAAUUAUUUGGCUGUAUUAUUCUCGGGCAUGAUAAUGGGCAGAAAAUAUCAGCUAGACUGCUGAGCUCCAACCCUGACUGUGCAAUGUAGUGAUUUAGCCUGUACUGAAAAGAAAACCACUGCUAUAAGACAAUGGCAACUUUAAGCUGGACAAUAAAUUGUGACCAAGAACUUCUGUCUCUAAUUCUAUCUCAUUUUAAAUUUAAUUUGGGUUCAGGCAUCUUUUGUAUAGAAUUACCUGCUCUGUAGGCUGAUUUAAUACUAAAAACGCCUGGUCUGGUACACAUUUUUUGUGUGUGAAAUAAAUAGUCGUGUGUAGAUCAUACCCUAUAUAUGUGUAAUUGGUGUAUGUGGCCCAAUCUGUGUAUGCUUUAUCGAUGCAUGUACCUAUAUGUACAAUGCAUGUAUCUCACAAGAUCCAUUGUAUUGACCUUAUCUAACCACUCCAUAAGUACACGAUAUAAAUCUCGAGAGAUUGUCGGCGCUAUUCACUAAAUGGAGAAUUAAAGGUGAAUUAUAAAUUAAAGGUCAGAAUAGCUGAUUUACAGAUUUUUUUUUUCCUAGUUCAGCUAUUUUGACCUUAAAUGGGAAAUUCAAUUUGAAGUCCCUUUGAAUAAUCCUGCCAGUGUUCUAGAAGUUAUUCCCAGAAUUCCAGGUUUUAUUUUCACAUGAAUUUAUUUAGCACAUUAUUCAUUAUAGUGUGCAGACGAUAUCAACAGUCCUUUGAGAGUCCUGCACGUCUACCUCUGUACCGCCGCCAUUGCUUUCGUCACACAGUCUCACCACCUUGUUUCUCCGCACGUUGCAGGUUUCACACCAUGUCCAUUAUGAUUGCUGUCGAUAUUUUGGGGUGCACGGGUAGCACAGAGGAAAGGGCGGCUCUUCUCCACAAGACUAUCCAGCUGGCGGCUGAGCUGAAAGGCACCAUGGGAAAUAUGUUCAGCUUUGCCGCUGUAAUGAACGCUUUGGAAAUGACACAGGUAAAACACCAACGUUCAAGUCAAAGCUCGGUGCAGCAAACUAAUUAAUUAUUAUACCGGGAUGGUUCACUAAAAUAUGAAUUGUCAGAAGAUCAAAACGCAUUUAAAAAAAUUAAACGGCCGACCAUUGACCCUUCACUGAAUAACCCUGUCAGUUUGUUCAGCAAUCCCGAUUAUUUUGUUGCCAGAGAUAUUUAACUCCAGAUAGUUCAAUUCCUUUAAAAAAAAUAUAUAUUAAUGUUAGACUGUACAUGUAAAGUUUUCAGUCUUAUCACUGUGAAUAUAAUGGCUAUAUUUGAUCUUAAUUAGCCGUGAGUAGGCCUCAGAUUUGACAGCAAGUUGAAUUUAUUUUCAUAUAGUGCAUAUAAACUAAGCUAUUUAGUUUGGUAACCCUGCUGUCACAGUAAUAAGCUUAUGGGGGGAGGUUCGGUCACUAUAAUUAAGCUCCACAAGACCUCCUGCCUGGUCCAUUAUAAUCUUGACGGAAUAGUUGGUCUAACACAGCCAGAUUAAUGCAUCCACACUGCAUGAAGUAACGUAGCCUGUCUAUCCCACAUUCUCAGAUCUCCAGACUGGAGCAGACAUGGAUAGGCCUGAGGCAGCGACACACAGAAGGAGCCAUCUUGUAUGAGAAAAAGCUAAAACCAUUUCUGAAGAGCGUCAAUGAAGGAAACGGUGAGCGUCUGCCCUGAAUCUCAUCAACAUUUUUCUGCAAGAAUCUUGAGGUUUUUAACUGCCGAAGGCUACAGAUUUCUAAAGAUUACCCCAGGAUCAGGCUGACUUUAUCAUCAUUAGCCUAUUCCCCUGCUUUUGUGUUUCAUUUUCAAACAGAAAUUUCAGUUGAGGCUCUUGUAGGAUUAACCACAAAAUUUCAACACUUGUUUCAUGUUGCCAGCAUAUUUUUUGAUAAUGUUUGUGUGUGUUUGUUCUUCUGUGUCGUAAGUGUCUCUAACAGAAAUGUGGGGCAUAGUUCUAAAGUGGAGCAAUCACUAUAGUAACCACUGGAGUGUUCAUGGUGAUCACUCCUCUUUUAGAACUUUGCCCCACUUUCCUGCUAGUGACACUAAAUCUUCAACCUGAUGUCCACCCGCUUUGGCCAAUUACAUUUUAUAAUGUUAUAGAUUAUUAUCCUGUCAAAAUGGCACUGUGAUGGCAAAUCGCUUAGCAGGAGCAAACAAGUAAAAACAACGCUCUAUUUAGAAUCCUAUUAGAUAAGAUAUUCAUCAUCACACAUCAGUUACCUUAUAAACAGAAGUACAGAGAUGUGUGAACAGUUUUUGCUGGAUGGACUUUUUUUUCAUCCAAAAUGAAUAAUGUGUAACUCUCUUUGCAGAGAGCCUUCCUCUAAGCAACACCACAUUCCCACAUAUCAUCCCGCUCAUUACCCUCCUGGAGCGAGACACCCCUCUGCUUGACGGGGGAGAACCCUGGGACAGCAUUGACAAUGGAGUAGAAGUAGUUAUGGCACAUCUGGAGGCUGCACGGAUGGUGGCACAUCAUGGAGGACUUUACCGAACCAACGCUGAGAUGAGGCUUCAGGGUAAGCAGAAGGAGGAAAGCAUGGAUUCCCCUUGGGGGUUCUUUUGCAGAACCUUAUUUGGAAUAUAUCAUUACAUUUUAGAGACCUUACCUUCUAGGUGGAUAUUAAUCUUGUUUUCAGCCUAUAUUACACAAACCUUUGACAUUUCUUACAAAGCUAGGUGUACAUUAGUAUGUGUUUAAUUAAGGCUAUCAUUGAUAUUCAGAAUACUUAACUGGUAGAAUGUAUUCCUUUCUUUUGUUUUUUAAAAAUUUUUGGUGUGACAAGUAUCAUAGAUAGCAAAUUAAUUACAUAUGUAUGGAAAAAAUGAGUACAAUUGAACAAGAACACAAAAAGCGAAGUAUUGCUUGAUGUAUCUCACAUAACAUUUGUAGCUUCAGUCGUCACACAUUUUGUAAUUAUAUUUAAAAGUCAAAGCAAUCAAGAGUUAAUACAUUUAGUAACGCAUAUGAAUCGGGUAUAUGGCAUGCUGCCUAAAUUUACCAGCGAGAUGCCCAUUAUAAAAAGUUGGACUUAGAGGUUUUAAAAUUCAAAUCGUAGAUAGAACAUGUCUGGUUUUCUAAGAUAGUUAAUAAAAUAGAGGAAAAAAGAAAGUAGUAGUAGCGAAAGAAAAGAGAGAAAAUGGAAGAAGAAGAUAAUCUAUUUCUUUCAGUAGAUAACUGAUAUCUAGUGCUGUUUGCUUUCUAUUGUCUCAUUAUAGACAAACCGGUAACGGUGCGAUGUAACCAAACACAUGAAUCCCAGAUACGAGUCCAGUCAUUGAUAUAUUACUUGCAUUUGCAGCUCCUGUAAGGGCAUGGGGAUCGGAGUUGUCUGUUCUAAUUUAGCACAGUCAUGUCCCUCUCAUUAAAUGGCAUUGCUAUGUACACUUGCAGCAUGUGGAACCUUUAGGUAAAAAUCCCAAGCCAUUCACUCCAGUGAGGGGAACAAAACCCCCCUUCCGUUUCUAAAUGUUUUGUGCUUAGGGCCAUUUAAGGCAAAACUGGGUCAUAAUAUUAUUUAUGGUUUACUGUAGUGAACGUGGCAUUCCCAGUGCAAUGGAGAGCCCUUCAAAAAGAGUCUAAUGAGCUUAAAUAAAUAAUAUAUUAAACACAAUGAAUGGGUCACUGAGCUAAUUAUCUCAUGGACAACUUGGUGACCAAGCUAGCGUUACGUGUUGUUUGGGUCCUGGUAAAAUAAAAUGUGAAUAGCCACUGCUUUAAUUAGUGCAGUGCUACCUUAGAACAAUACAUGCACGAUGUUGUCUGCAUUCACCUUUCACUCACAAAGCUCCAUGUUUUUUCCAGGCUUCCACACCAGGACAGAUCUUCUGGAGGUCUCCAGUACGGAAUUCCAGAUGCGGAUGCUGUGGGGCAGCAAAGGGGCAUCUGGGAGUCAGGCUGAGAGAUACGACAAGUUUAACAAGGUGCUCACUGCCCUGUCACACAAACUGGAACCCUCAGUGCGCUUCAGCGAAUUAUAACAAAAGGUGUCACAGUGAAGAUUGGGGACCAGCAAGGAAAGAACAGGCAGAACACGAGAGACAUGACAAGGUCCAAGAAUAAUAUCAGACUACGGGUUAUCACAGGGACACAUCCCCUCUUUUCUAGGACCCAUUGCUGCAAAAAGCCCAGCAGAGCAUUCUGGGAUUGCUAACAAUGAAGAGGGUGAACUGCUAAGUCUACAGACAGAUUGACGUUUGCCAACAGAUAGUACAUCAUGGAGGAUGUAGGGUGAAGACUGGCUCGUUAGUUGUGUUUAACCCUACAAGAGCUAGAGAAAUCCAUUGCUCAUCUCCGUGGCAGCCAGUCAAAGCAUGCCCUGCCGUGGGAGGAGGAGAAAAUGAAUUAGGAUGUGUCAAAACUGUGCUUAGUCAGAAACAAAUUUACCAAUAUUCUCUUUGCCUCAUUAUGUGGCCAACUGGGGCUCUAAGUAAACAAUUAGCAUGGAUUAUAAACGCCAUCUAGUGUAUGUAAAGGCAACUGCAGGCAUAGCACAGGGAGAGCCCUCUUGAUUUUAUUUUUGUAAUUGUCAGGGAUAAUUAAUAAAGGGUUAAUUGUCUGGAAUUCAAGGUGAAGUUCACAUUUUUGGCCAAAAUAGCUGAAAAAACAACUACUUUUUCCCUAAACUUUGAAAUUCACUUUAAUUUCACUUUGAAUCCCAAAUAAUUCUCACUCUAGUGCAGGGGUACCCAAAAGGUAGAUCCCCAGAUGUUGUAGAACUACAACUCCAAUGAUGCUUUGCAUGCCUUUGGAAUGCCAGUAGAAUGGCAAAGCAUCAUAGAAGCUGUAGCUUUAAAACAUCUGGGGAUCUACCUUUUGGGCACCCCUGCUCUAGUGACUAGCCCUUUAUCACUUUAUCACUGCAGAUCACAGGAAGGAAUCCCAGAAAGAGAUAUGCUUUUUAUUCAAAAUUCAGUUUAACAAUAUUGAUCUUCUAGAAAUAACCUUUUUAAGUCAUAAAUACCUGCAAAGUGUCAGAAUUGAGAAACCUCUAUGGUAGGUAGACUCUCUCCUGGAGAUUUAUUGCCCCCAAAAAUGCCUUACAUAACCAGAAAAAAACAAAACAAGACAAUUUGGAGAAGGCCCAUUCGUUUGGCUUUUUUCCUAUCCAAUCUGCAGACAUUCUACUUAUAUUUCAGGAUAGCUGCCUACCACUUCUGCUGGAAGGCUGUUCCAGGGAUCUACUAUACAUUUUGUAAAAUCAUGCUUUCACACAUCAUUCCUCAUGUUUCUGGGGACAUCUGUGCAUUCUGCCUUCAUUGUCACUAAGUGACUUGCUGUGUUUGCAUUCGAUAUGUGACAAAUAUAUUUCCAGGCAUGGUUUUUAUUUUUAUUUUAUACAGUUAUCACCAUAUUUUGAUAUAAGACAUUAAAAAUGUAAAUUAAAUGUCUCUUUGUGUCAAAGGAUAUAAUGACUGCAGGAAUCCUGAGAGGGUGGGAUGUGUAUAAAGGAAAUUAAAGGGGUGUUUUGGGCAUGGGAGAAUGAACUAGAAAGUUAUUUGCACAAAUGUGUAUAUAUACAUAAAUAUAUAUUUUGCCAUUUCAUCACUGAAGAGGUUAAUUGUGAUGUUGUCAGUAAACAACUGUGAAUAAUUUUGUAAAAAUAUUUUAACAGGGUGUAGAAAGAAAAGAGCAGUUUGUGCCCAAAAGGUAAAGGAACAAACCAGGCACCACAACCACUACUGCAUGCUGUAGUUGUUAUGAUGCCAGAAGUAACCAAUAGCCCCCCAAUGUAAGGGAUCAAACAGUUUAUGAAUGGUUUGACUUGCUACCUGAGGUCUGCCUCCACUACUUAUGGAAGAGAGCCAAAAGUUCCUAUUUAGGAACAUUUGUUAGCUCUCUUAAAGGAAUGUCUGCAAUGUGGUGUUUAGCUUUUUAGCUUCACUCUCAGCCAAUUGCAGAGCUUAGCUCAGGAGAGCUAACUGCAGUUCCUGCUUAGGAACCUUUGUCUCCCUGACAAGGUGGAGGUGGGGAGCAGCACUCUGCUGAUCCCAAGUAAGAAGAUAUACAUUCACAUAAGGCUUGUCCCCCCCCAAAAUGUGGCUGGCGCCAGGGGACUCCAUGGACUUGUAGUGGUUAUGGUGUGCAGUAUGUUUCUUUAAGGCAAAGUUUGAGGCAGAUACAUUUGUGGCUCUGCUGAUGGCAAAUUACAACCCCCCCAUGUUGCACUACUAUACAGGUGGUAACUUUAAGGGGCAUUGUGAGUUGUUAGAAAGCAUAAGAGCCACAGUUUUAUAUACUUAUGAAUUGCUAGAACACAGAGUACAUUAAACAGCUUAUGGAGGGGUUUAUUCACUAAAUGGUACCAGUAAUUGUGAAUUGAAAAUUGAGAUGCAAAAAAAACAAAGCCAAAACCGGAGAGAUUAAUAACUUUUCAAACACUGCUUUUGUGGCCUAAAUGUGUUUUCAGGUUGUCAGUACACUGUUUAGUGAAUAUACUAGUUGAAAUAUGAUAUUUUUUUUAAAAUUGGAAUUCUGAAUGUCUGUUCUCAUUUGAAAGGGAAACCCUUUGCCAGGGUGUAAAUAGCUGAGCAUUUAUCUGUAAAUAUAGCUUUAUUUCUCUCUGUGAUGUACAGUAUCCUAGAUCAUUCAUUGUACAGAGCAAUGUCUUAAUGAUUUCUGUGUAAAUAAACGUAUUGAUGUAAAGAA